GCGCGGGCUGCUGGCGGGAAGGCACGAGAAAUAGAGAGAGAGAGUGAGAGAGAGAAAGGAGGGAGGGAGGGAAAGAAGAGAGAGCGUGUGUGCGCGUGUCUCUGUGUGUGCGCGUGGAUUGCACCACCGCAUCCCGUUCACCGUUUCUGCAGGCGGCCAUGCUCUGAUGGAGAGAAUAAAACUGAGAAGAAUUUCUUUUCCCUCAGAUCGAAACACCGCUGUGUCAUUCCAGAUGUGACUGACAAGUCGUUUUAUGUCGCCUGCAUUGAGCGCUGUGCUGUUCACCUCGGAGAGACUGUGACACCAUGGCUUUGGUUAUGGAACCUAUAAGUAAAUGGACACCAAAGCAAGUGCUGGACUGGAUGAAAGGUACAUUUCUAUUCUUUCAUUGGCAUAAGGCGGCUAAAUGUUCGUGAGUGGGGAUGAUGAUGAUGACGAGGGUGAUGAUGGUGAACAGCGGAGGGCCACACUGUAUGCAUGUGUGUUCUCCGUAUAUCAACCUGCAGGCUGACGUGUGAUUAAGCUGCUGUAUGUGACCAGUGUGAGGCUAAUUAAAGUCAUUAAAGUAGUGUGAAUGUGCUGGAGCAGGUGCAGUGAAUGGAUGUCCCCAAGAAGAAGCAGGGAGUGGAGGCUCAGCAUUCUGACACCUCUCUUGCUUAAGAGCCAAGCCUAUAGGCUUCUGGCUCUGUUGCUGCUGCUGCUGCUGCUGCUGCCUCUGCUCCAUCAGCAGAGCUCUCAUCAAUGAAUGUGGAAGAUAUGUCAUCUGCUCUUUCACACACUGCCAAAUGCUCUAAAACCCAUAUCACCAUCAAUUGUUUGUGUGUGCGUAUGCCCACGUGCAUGUGCGCGUGCCUACAUGAUUAAUGUAGUUAGCUGCAUGCACCCAUAUCCCCCCCACCCCCAUCCCCAAUGCCAGGCGUACAGUCAGUUUCAGCACCCUGGACAGCGCAAUGCCGCCUGCCUUAUAAGGCAAACGCACCGAUCACGCUCGCUUUUCCUUUUUUUUUUUUUUUUUUUUUGUUGCUCGCUUUGCUGGCGAGAGGUACGAACAGUAUGAAUGAGUAAUCACUAAUCAUCCGUGUGUGUGUGUGUGUGUGUGUGUGUGUGUGUGUGUGUGUGUGUGUGUGUGUGUGUGUGUGUGUGUGUGUGUGUGUGUGUGUGUGUGUGUGUGGUAGGAGCUGUUCUCACACACUCUGGUCAGCUACAGAGCUGUGAGACAAACUGUGGUAGGCCGAUUGACAGACAAUGAAAAUGGGGAGGGAGGGUGCCCGCAAUCCCUUACUUAAGAGAAUGACUUAAUCACCACUGUGUGAUGACUCAAACCCACAAUGCAACGCUGCUAUAACCUAUAGUCACUUGUGGUUUUGUGUCUGCAUUUAUCACACAAACACAGAGCAGUAUGAUGAAUUUCAUAAAAAAAACUCCACAUCAUUUAUGUGUGCAGCAAUGCCAGCUGGAUUUGCUCUCUGAAAGCAGAGCACUCAUGUCUGCAAUUAGAAGUCAAGGUGGCUGACAGACCCUCAGGGGGCACGAUGAGGAAGUAUUUGAGAUGCUUUACGAUGAGUGAUUAGGAUGAUGUUACUGGUUUUAUAAUUGCUGUCUUUAGCUACAGUAAGCAGCUAGAGGAGUCACGGCUUCACCCUCUGAUUCGUCAAGUGUUUCCUUGGAAAGCUUUGCACAGUUUCCUGCACAAGUCAUAAAGGCAGGCAGGACUGAAGUUUGAUCAGAUAAUAGAUUAGUUAUGGGCCGAAUGUGGUUGAAGUAUGUCAAGUAAAAGCAUACAUAUCUUGCUGUUGAUUUUCAGAUGCACAUUUUAUCUUUAACCUAAGAAAUAGUUUGUGUGGAACAAAUGAUCAGAGCAUUUUGGAGUGAUCCCCUUCGCCUCAUUUAAAUACAUGAAAAAUACUCUGGACUUUGUGUAUUUAACAAGAAAAUUCUCCUUGUUCUGAAGCAGAUAUCUGUUAGUUAAUGUAAAAGCAGUCAAACACAUAGGCUACAAUCAUGCAUGAUACAGCGUGACACAUCCCACUAAAGGUAAACUAAUGGUGUCAUAUUAUUUGAUAUACUAAAUCCCCCUUGUUGUCAGCAACAGUAAAGACAAAGAAAAGAGUACACGCAGCACUUACUCUUGAAGAUGUUUGUUCCGUCGUGUAUCUGCUCCACAUUUGGCCUCCUCAUGUGUUCUUUUAAAAAGAGCCUCCUGGCCCCUUCCACAUGAAAAGCUCCUCGACUCAUUUUCAUACAGACGUUAACCAACAUCUCAGUGUUCCCCCGGUUUCUGUGAAGCCCUAUCUUCCUUCCUUUGGGGCUUCAAAUAUAGACCCUCAGUGGCAGGCUUAUGCUCAGAUCUUAUAUUCUUAUGAAUAAAGUGAAAGGCAAAAGGCUAGAAUUAAUCUCUUCGCUUACAGGGGGUUCACUUUGGCCUAUUUUUCUGGUAGCUCUUCAUCUCUCUCAUGCUGAUCUGAGUUUCGUGCUAUUGUAGGGAGCAGUGACAUUGAGACCUCCUAAAGAAGCUCUGUAAUGAUUUCUUUUCCUCGCCAUGGGAGUAGAAGUACUUUGAAUGUACACAGAUAUGAGCCAAAGAGGUACUGACAGCAAAUCUUUAAAACCAAAUCUCUUUAAUAUUAUUUCUCUAUAAAGGUUGGAGAUGACAAUUCGUAAUCAUAAUCUUAAGUGUUUCUGUCUUCCAGGGUACUGUGCUUUUAAAAAUGUUUUUGGCUGUACUGAUAACACCACCAUAGCAACAUAAUUUGAUGUAAUUUAUCCCAUUUAAUGCUUGGACAAUUUAUUGUAUUUAGGAUAAAGCACUAGCAGAGAGUUGACAGGAAACAUAGUCCCUACGAAGCCAGACCCAGCUCCAGGAUACUGUGACAGUUUCCAGCUUCCCUAACCCCAAAGCUAUUGGGGUGCUCUUGAGGAGUUUUACAAGUACUAGCCUCAAAACCCUCAAAAUGUAAUCAAUAACAUAUACUGAAGUUAAAAGGUUUUCACGGUUUUUGCACACUUUACUUGAAGGCAAGAUUUAAAAAUUUUCUAAAACAUUUAGCCGUGUGGCGCCAGUUUGGAUCAGAGAUUAUUGCUUUGAUAGCAGGAGGCCCAGGUUUGACUCUCACCUGCAGCCCUUAGUUACAGUUUGUUCAGAAGUAAAGUUAUGAAAUCAGUAAAAGUGUAUUAAUAUAUUGCAAGAGCCACUUAUGCAUGAACCAAAUAUAUUACUUUUCCUUUUUGCUUUUUUUAUCAUGAAGAAUAUCUCUUUUCUGUACAAGUGACAUUUGUACUUGAUUUGUGUAUCUGAUAUUUAUUUCUGAUAAAAGUACAUGUUAUGACAUAUUUGGAAGGUUUGGAGAAGUACACAGAUGUUUUAUUGAACAACCAUUUGUGUUUGUGUUUUAGAGGCCUGAGUAGGUUUAUGGUGGACAGAUUUAACUUAUAACAAAAGGCAGUUUAAUGCACAUUAUUAUGAUCUGCAAUUACCCUAUAGAGUAUUUUAUAUUAAUGACAUUUUAAAUGAUAUUUUUUAAUUUUUUAGAGUAAAUAUUUGUGUCAUUAGCCUAAAUUCCUUAAAAAUUAACCCAAGAAAAGAAUUUGAGUAAACUUAUUGAGUUACUUUUAAUCAUAGCUCCAUCUUUGUACUAGCUAUAAGAUCAUGAGCUUAAGAGCAAAGACUCAAGUUUUAUUAUGAUGGUUGACUGAGGUAGAGAUGCACAAUAUAUAUCAGGCCAGCAGGUUUUCAGACAGAUAAAAAUGACAUUUUCGUGGCCUUUUAAUUUUGACAAUACAAUUCAAUUCAAUUUAAUCUAGUAAAAAUUACAGAUUAGGUUGCUUUGUUUUACUUAUUUUAUGGGCCUAUAUAUUCCACCACAGGUACACCAUUACAUAUAGUGGGAGGAACAAGCACAAGCUGAUGAGAAAGUAAAAAUGGCAUUCCCUGUGUGGAUGUUUAUUGCUGUUUCAGAGGAGGAUAACACAAUUUCCCUUGCAAAAUGUGUACUACAACUAUUUAGAGAGGUGGGGAAAAGUCCCCAAGUUUGCAUUUAGGGAAUAUUAGGCAGCAGUAGCUGUAGCUGUGCAAAAAAGGCUGAGUGUCACAGCGCUGAUUUAAGGGGUUUACCAGAGAGCUCAAAACCAGAGCAAAACAAAAAAUCACAUAAUUCACAGCACUUGAUAGCCAACUUUUUUUUUUUAGGUAUAACGAACAUGGAAUUUCACCAGCUUAUGGUGUUCUUCCUCUCCAUGCAUUAACAGUUGCAAAAACUACACUUUUUCAAAUACAAAAAAGUUUAUUAAUAUAUUGGUUAUCGCAUCAGGAUCAGCCAGGAGCAGGCCAGUACUUUCUGUUGGUAUUGGCUAAAAAGAUAUCCAUAUCAUGCACCUCUAGCCCAAGUUUUUGUGUCAGUCAUUAGUGGGAAAAAAUAAGGGCUUCACCUGUUCAGAAUCUAUCCUUCCCUAUAGCACAGCUCCUCUUCCUCAAUGUUCCAGCUGUCAUAGAAAACAAUGUGGGACAGAGUGAUGGAAUACUCUGCAAGCCUAUCAGGGAAGCCUGACACAGUCAGCCACCGGGCCAGGCAGCCUGUACCAUAGCUGCAGAAGGACUGCUCCAGCAGCACAGCACUGGUGAGGCUCACAGAAAGAUGACUCAUCAGCAUUUGUUGUGAUUCGAACACCCACACUGGAGGAGUUUCCUCUAUGUGCGUGUGAGGGUAUGGAGAUACAAUUGAUGUGUAAAGCAUGACGUGGACAGAUCAGUGCUUUAACAUGUUUGGCAAGACAGAAAAAUUGAUUGCUCCGGGUGCUCUGUGUACCUCAUAAUAUCACUCAGCGCUUUCAAGUGCACAGCAUUGGCAGCCUGCUGAUGCAUACUGUAACAGGGAAAUGAAUAAGGCUGUUUACUCUUUCUGCAGUAUUUUCACUUUUCCUCUUUGUGUGGUGAUGUAUUGGCUCAAAAAAAAGAGAUUAAAUGUGAAUCAAGAUAUUUUAGUUAGGACAGGAUGGCUGUGAAUGGCUGCGUUUAUUGUAUCUACAUAUUUGAAAAGAGAUAAAAGUCAUUCAUGGGAAUUUAAAACAGUCAACUUGGGCAAAAAGAGCUAAAUCUACAGAGGAAGAUGUGUCAUAUUAUGCUUUGUGAGAAUCUCCAUGGUGUUAUUUUGUUGGCUGAGUGUCCUCUGUUGUAGGGAACCAUGUUAACUACCAUUCCAUACUCCUGCUGACAUGGUAAGGAAGUCGGUGCAAGAAAACACGCUUCCCCUGGCUCUGACUGUGCGCUUGUUGUAGUUUCAGCUGCAUUAAAGAUUAAAGAGCGUGCCUUAUUGUGAGGAAACACACAUCCACACACUCACAUAUGCACACAAGUUGAGAAAACUCCUCCAGUGCUCAAUUUUUCAGACAAAAGAACUGCAGGGAUACACUCACUGCAUUUAGAUGAACAUUCAUAUAUGCACAAAGGCGAAUGCACAUAAAUGUACAGUAUGGUAUGUAUGUAUGUAUGCACACUGACACACAUGCAUAAACACAAACUCUGGAGCAGCAGCUUUAAGUGGGGCAUCAGUAGUCAUGGUAACCAGAUCUGAUCGCGUUAGAGUCACAGCACGUGAUGAGAUGGGGAACCAUCAACACAGAUGCUUGUUUAUCCAGUAUUCCUCCAACUCACUCUGAGCCUCAUAACAAGGUGCAUACGUACACAAAGUUUGCACACAUAAUCACACAAGCUUUCUCCCCUGUUUUAUAGCCCCCAGCUGAGAGAGCAGGAUCACCAAUUUAGGGAUCGGGAAGCGAGGAACAAAAUGAAAGAAAGGCUAAAGAGGCUAAGAUGGGGGAGGAAACGAGCGAGGGCAUGAUGGAGAAUGAAGGGGGAAAGCACAGAGGGGAUGGCAGAGCGAGAAUGGGAGAUGCAGUGGGCAUCAUAUCAAAGCACCCGCUCUAUCCGGGCACUUGGACAGAGGGGCCUGUGUGUAUGUGUGUCCAUGUGUGAGUGUGUUUUGAUUUUGCACCUGUUGUUCCAGGAACUGCAGUUUUACGACCUCAUAAAUCACUUUCAGAUAAGUUUCUCCAACCUGAGGUCAGUGCCCUUUAGAAAAUGACAUGAGGCACAGACGCAGUCAUUUGAGGUAGCUGGAUAACAGGCACAAAAAAAAGGGACAGUGGACAUGAAAAAGCCUGCCAAUGUCAAACUAGUCCUACCUAAAAGAUUACACCAGAUUACAUAAAGUAAAGCUUUUAUUCUGUUUGCAUUACUACGAUGUUUGUCUGAAGUAAUCAACUCAUUUUGGCUGAGCUUUCAGUGCUUUAAUCAAAGCAUGUUUGUUGGAAAUUUGAACAACUGUCCUUGGUAGUAGCAUUUUGGGACUUUUUAGUGGAAACUCAUGUCAAGGUGGUACAAAGACCAUUUUAUAGUUCGAAGUUAUUCGAUGAGGAGUGAUUAUUUUUCACCUUUUUAAGGCCACUUGUACCCAAACAGCAGCUGCCAGGAGAUGAAUAAAGUAGACCAAGGAUAGUUGGGCUUUUAAAGUUAAGAUGAAGUUCGUGUUUAUGUAUUCCCUAACUUAUGUAGUCAUGUAGUCACUUCUGAUUCUCUCUGGCUGGUUAGAUCGUCAGAGUCGAGCUCUCCCACCAAACUCUUUGUAUCCUCCCCGUUGACCCUGUUUUCCACCCCACCCGUUCUUUUGGAUUGCCUCUUGACACCUCCCUGCUAGCUGAAUUUCAGAGAAGGGCUGCAACGCAUUUAAAACUUGAAAGCUCACGUACUGAGGAGCUAAAAUGCCACAGUCUUUAGAAUAUUCUGUCAUGAUGUGAUGAAUAUUUCACAGUAAGAAUAUUUUUAGUAAGUGUUGUGUCUUUUCUUUGCACUCACCAAAGUACUUACUCCAGCUGGAAGCUCACAGAUGGGGGGCAAGGCGACGGGACAGGAGUCUUUACUGCCUUCUUCUGCUCUUAGCCCAGCUCACUUGACCCAAACAUGGUCUCAAUGGGGAACACAGGUUUGAAAAGCCUGAUUUCAGUUGAUGUUAAUGGCAAAGCAGAGAGCAGAGCUGAACUAUAUCCAACUGUAGAGGCAGUCUUUUUAUUGUGGCCUUCAACAAGCUUUCAGUCAGUAUGUGCAGUGCAGUUUGUGUGGAAUUUUAAUAUGUAUGUGUGCUCCUUAGCCUAGCAUCAGUGCAGGGUCCUGAGGGGCAGCAACUGCUGAUCCCUCACUUUUGCUCCGAGGUCCCUCUCUCUUUCUGGUUGCCUGGCAACCCCUCCUGUAUCAGUGGAGAAAAGCUUUGUUUUGCACAGAAAAAGACAGAAAAAGAGAAAAAGAUUUAAGGGUAUUGCAUGAAAUGUGGAUGAAGUUGUCAACAUGAAGUGCUUGUUCAGGCCUCAGCACACUAGUAUAUAGUGAUAGCAGGCAUCAGGGGAAUCUCCAGCGCUGCUACAUCCUUCAAUUUUAUAAAGGGAGACAUUUGUAUCUCACAUAAAAUCAGGGAUACAAAACCAGAAAUGUGAGCAAUGAUACAGCGCAUUUAUGGGAAAAUUGUAGUUCAGCAGCAUUUAGAAAAAAAAAUGGGAUUGGGAUUUGGGAUUGUGGGAUUUUUUUUUUUUUUUUUUUGGAGUUGGUGAAAAAAGGGGGACUCUUUGCUGCAGCUGUGAGAAACUGCAGUUAUAAACAUACCACAGUUGUAUAGUCUAUUUUAAGAUUAUCAUAACUUAAUUUUCUGCUUGGCCAUAAAAGUAGCUGGUUGUUUUUUUGUAUUUCUUGAUAUUUAUUUAAAAGAAACAGAAAAAUAAAAUAAAAAUUCCUCAAGAUAGUUGGAGCACUAUUUCACAUAAUUAACAUCUCACAAUAUAUAAUCUUUUAUAUUACCUGGUUGCUAACAAAAGAAACAAUUUGCAGAUGGUUUUUUUCUACAUAAAAAUAAUCCAAUAAUCCAGCUAAAAUGAGAAAAACAGUCCCUUAGAUGUGAUGGUUGGAAGCAACAGUUUUCUCAGCAUUUGUUUGGGUUGCAUUGACAUUAAAAUUAAGAUUUAAUUUCAUGUCCACGUCUCAAUGUUAGUUCCCAAAAAUAACACUUACCUGGCAUUAUUACCAGAUGCAGAAAACAGUAGCAGUACCUGUGCAUGUUCAACUUCACUGUUUGCAUUGUUUUCUAACUCAAACAGCUUUGUGACACUGCCAAAAUCCAGACUGUGUUUCAGUUCAUGGUUGCUUUGUGUGUGUUUUCUUCCGUUUGGUUGAUGUCUGUCUUUUGGCUCCUUGUGUGUUUAACAGCCCUCACUUGUUUUCUUAUUUCUUUGCUGUUGAAUGGUCAGUCAUCUAUCAACAACUUUAAGUCUGUGCUCUCCAACUAGAUUGAGAGUAAUGAAAAGAAUACCCUCCAUGUUGUUUACCAAUGCUACUGAAAAGUAAGAAAUAUGUCCCAGUGUCUAAGAAAUUAAAUUAAAAACUGUAUCCUCAAUGCAACUUUGUAGCUCCUUUCCAUGGGCUGAUUUGCAUACAUGUAAGUUGUGUGAUCCUAGCUUUGCCUAUUCAGAAUUAAAAACUGAAUCAACUAUUCAACUUACAAAAACGCCAUGGCUGAUAAGAGUUUAACACACACAUAAAGAUAUCUAUGGACUCUUUUCAGAGGUGUAAUUUGAACAGAUUUGAAAAAGAGCGAGCUGACUUUGUUAGCAGACAAUCCCAAUCUGAUUCAAAUGCUUGGAUCAUGAUGUGUUCGUUUUUUUCUUUGACUGUUGAAGGUACGGGUUUCAUCAUGCAGUUACAUAUGAGCCCAGGUCAUUUCAAACCAAUGAACAUGUAUAGCAGUGUAUAAAUGAAAUCACAACAAGAAGGAGCAUGGGAACAAGAUUUAAAAAAGCAUUGAGCUCACUACAAGUCUGAAAUUGUAAAGAGUCAAGGUAAUAUCAAGGACAUUUUGGGAACUUGAGAAUUGUCGUUUUACAUCAUGCUGCAAGCACUUAUCGUUACUAGUCCUUAAAAAUGACAAAAGACCCAAACUGCUGUACAUGAGAACUACCUCAGAAUGUGAUUUCUAAAUGCUUUGGCUCCGCAAAUACUAUUCAAUAUUGUCUGAACUGCCAGUGGAAAACCAAUAUUUGCACAGAACACAUUCAUGUCAGUAGCAUUGCUUACAGCAUCCACUCUCUGUGGAAGCCAGUGGAAACAUGGACUUCUCUGUUUAAGCUCUGGUACAAUAUCUUUUCCCGAAGUCUGUCUGAUCUCGUGUCCCAGGGGAAACUCGAAUAAGCUGCUGACUUGAUUGCACAGAGACACUUGUGACAUUACUCAUGCAAAAUUACUUUUUGUUUAUUUCAGCUACACGCAGGCAAGGAUUUGUCUGCCUCUUAUUACACUGCAUGGCCUACUUAAGCGAGGGGUCAGUUUUUAUAUUUCCUGCAGUGAGCAAAGUACACAGGCUGAUAUGAGAAGAGACAGCAGAGAGCAGAGGAAAGAAAAUGUUUGAUACAGCAAAUAGGAGUAAUCAUUUCUACAUUGUAACCGUGGGGAGGGGUGACGUCCUCACAAACCUGAUCCAUAUGUUUUUGCUCAUUUGUGUAUGUAUGUGUGUUUGAGGCACCAUGUGCUAUUUUCAGCUGGCAUUUGAAGUCAGCAGAUGAACCCAGAUCAGCUGUUUGUCCUCGAGGAGGCUGGAAGCUCUCUGAUUCAUUUCAUUGGCUGGCAGCCGUAUGUCACGAGGUAUAUGUUUAUGUGUGAGUCUGUGCCUCUUUGCCUUUGACUGCAUUACUAUGCGUGUGCUCACAAGAGCAAGUGAGUAAUUAUUCACUAUUGGAAAACAAUAAGUCCUGCCCCCUUUUAUGUUACAGAGAAUGGGUGCUAAAUGUGGCGCUUUUAAAUCAGGGAGCCAUUCAUCUGUGUGUUGGAGUACAUACUAGUUUGGCAGUUUAAUGGGGAUAGCUACAGCUGUCAACCUGGACACCUUUUAUUUUCUAUUCAUUACUUUUUAUAUAAAUUACAUAUAUGAUUGUGGGGCAAAGAACGAGGGGGCAAAGUUGCAGCUAUGACUCACACCAAGAAGAAAACAAAUGUUAAUGUGUAUUAUUAAGAAGCGUGACUGCAGACAAUCUUAGAUGUACGAUGGAAAUGAAACUGUACAUAUUCUGUAAAUAUAGUUUUACAUUGAAAUCAGGAAAAAAGAAGCCAUGUUUUGUCACACUUUAUUCUUCUUAUGAAAAAGGGGCACAGGUGUAAAUGUGGAAGGACAAAUGUCAGAGUGAGGAAGCAGCUGAAGGAAUCAGAAGGUUGUAUUAAGUCUUCCAUUUUAAGAGGUAGUCUUGUCUUUUAUAUAUAUAUAUAUAUUCUCUCAUAUCUUUGUUCUAGUGAGGGUUUGGAGUCUCAUAUUCAAAAAUCCUCCUUAUCAGCUGCAGGGCUUUCUCUCUGCUCUGCCUCUGUGAUCUCUGCACGGCCGUCUCCGCUCCCGUAGCUGCUGGCCAGCCAAAGAAAUCUGCACGUCCAGUCUACUUGCUCAUAUCUCUGCCAACACUGCUGAUGAUUCAUAGACUACGCUACACGAUUUUUCAUCUGAAAUAAACAUUUUACACCGACAGGGAUGUAAAUGAGUGAAUUUCAAUAUAGCGCUAGAAAGCAGCAGUGCACUUUACUCUCAUUCAAGAAUUUGUCGUCAUGAGCAUUUUUGUUUGAAAGGAAGGAAAAGAUGUUUUCAAUUUUUUUUAUACCUGGACAAACAUGAGAAACGUAUGUGGGCGUGAGAAUAAUCAACAGUUGAAAGAGAACCAUACAGAUCCACACAGGGGAACAAAUCACAUGAAAGAGCAUGACUUCAAAUAUGAAAGGGAAAAAAAAAAUGUUGUUCUGAAUUGCUAGUGGAGAGUAACUGAGGACAUCAGUAUGAUUUGUAUGACUGCUUUUUAAGGUUAAUUUAAGACAAAAUAAGAAAAAUAGAGUUUAUUUUUUUAGAAGAGCAUCAAUAAUGAAAAUCUGGGCUGAUAACAGUACCCAUUUUUUAGUUUUUGUAUUACAAUUAUUACUUAAUAAUUCUUCUUGUCCGCUCUUCAAAGGAGGAUCUGAGAUUCAGCGUAUUUCUCUGGUAGUUCCUUCUCUUCAAACAUGCCUCACAUGCAGCUUGUCUUUCUUUAAUUCUCCUACAAUGGCAACAUAUUCUUUCACAUUUUGCCAUGAAAACAAGUAAAAGUUUGCCAAACAGCAGAUCUUCCCUCUCUGGAUCAGCAGCCAGGUGAACAAGAUUGGCAGUAUUAAAUUGAUGGGGUAAAGAUACAGAUAAACAUCAGCGGCUGCCUUCAGUGCAUGGCCAGGUGAGCUAAUAUCUGUCUGAAAGGUUAUUUACCAAGAUCAGAACAUUCACAGUUUCAAGUUUGCAGCUCCAGUUGCAAAUAAUGUCUAAAUUACAUAUCUCACAUCUUACAGCACAUAAAAUUAAUAAUGUCCUCUACACUAAAAAGGUAACACUCCCACACAAGCAAGAAGCAGAGAACAAUGGAGAAAAUAAAUAGAGAUAAGUGUUGAAAAAUUUUAUCUGUACUUCUCUGUGUUAAUCAAAUAUUUGUCACAGUAUUGGUUUGAGGUUCACUUGAUUGUUUUUUUUUUAUAUCUGCAGGCAUGUGCCCCAUUUUCAAAGCUAAUCAUUAGACCACGUGUAACACAUUAUGACCACUAACAGUGUAUAGCACUGAAUAUCUCUUUUACAAUAGCGCAAUGUAGAGCAGCAGCAGAAAAACUGAUCAGGAUGUGAGCAACUUUGAUGAGGGCCAAUUUGUGAUAGCUAGAUGUUAGGGCAUCUCCAAAACAACAGAUUUAGGGAUGAUCCCAGUCUGCAGUAGUCAGUAUACCAAAUGUGGUCCACGGUUGGGAAACUGAAGAACCUGCUACACUUUCAUGGACAGUCGAGAUUCACUGAUGCAAGUGGGCCCGUGUGGUUCAAUCCAACAGAAGAGUCACCACUUCCCAACUUACGGUACUUGAAGGAUCUGCUGUUUGAUGCCAAAUCUUUGGUGAAGCUCUCGUGUUCUUUUGACCCAUCCAUUUCUCCAACUGUCAUUAAAAGGAUUUACCCUAAAUGUUCUCCACAUUUGUCAUCUGAAUCCAGUCCUUUCUAACCAGAAUUGCAACUACUUAUGAGGGUUUCCAUCUAAUCCUAAAUGUAAUCUUUUUACAAAAUGAACCUUUAGUUAUACUUUGGUAAUAACAGUUACAUGAAAAUUACUGCAUAUUUGUUAAAUUGCUCAGUGACAUUUAACUUAAGUUUCAAUAGUUUAUGCCUGAGAAGAUGCUGGAAAUUUCCUUUUCUGUUUAAAUCAUAGCCACUUGUUGGUCUACCACUAAUUUUGUUGAUUUUGUACUCUCUUGUACUCUGGUCAUAAAUUGCAGUUUUUGACCGUUCGAGGUGCCUGAAGUCACAGCCAUGCCCUCGGAGGUCUAUUGGAGUCCAUAUUUUGACAGGUCAGGGGGCAAAAACAGCCCUGACCUGAUAAGAGCAGGGCCUAUACACAAUGUAGAGUUGACUUGGUUCAGUGCUUGAAUAAAUUUUCUUGAUGAUGGAACAUAAUGGCUAUUAAAAGUGUUAAUUUUCACAGCAUUUACAAACUUAAACAUCUGCUUGGAUGUUGUGAAUUAGUUCAAUUAAAAUCACAAAUCACUUGCAACGCUUGUUUUCACAUGUUCAGUUUUCACAUACUUUAUGCACAAUCUUGAUAUCUUAUCAGCCUGUGGUGAGAUAACACUGUGUUAUCGUCUGUGAAACACAUUUUAAUGUGUGGGAUAUGAGUAUUAGCCUGCUGGGAAUGUAUUCCAUUAAAUAGUUUUCACUUGUUAUGCCACAGAGCAGCACUUCUUAGCAAAGUGUUAGACUUACAAUUGCUCUUCUGUGCUGAAUAUAACAAGAUUGUUUGUCCGUGUCACUCGGGGUAGCAGUACGCUUAUAUUUUAUCUGUUGUGUCCCAUGGUAUACCAAGAGCAAGAUGCCUUCUGCUCAUUCUUUUCAGCAAAUGUGUGUUUGUGCAUGUGUGUGUGUGUGCGUAUUAAGGUGCAACCACACUGUCUGCUCUCUGUCAGCUUCACUUCCCUUGGGCAUCAGUGUUUUCUUCGCAGCUCCACUCGGCUUUAACAACAUGCCUCGGCAGAGGCGAUGGGACCCUGAAUAACAACAGCAGUUGUAAUUGUAUUUGUGUGAUUUUGUUGAAGCGAGUGUUCACUGAGAAACAAAGUGUAAUUGUUGUGUUCCUCUGCAGCUCCAUGCAUGUGUUUGUGUGAAUGGAUUUACUUCAUCUCACGCGUUUUUGCUCUGCGUGUGCUUAUUUCGGGGCAGGCUUGUUCAUUAGGUCUGUGGGGAGGUGUGCUUUCUGCUGACUUUGUUUGGUUCAAACCCUGAGGCUGGUACUGAUCAAUAAUAUCCCGGACCCACCACGUCUGUGUGCAGCUGAUUGGCUCUCUGCAUAGCAGGCAGCCGCAGCUUUACAGCAGAGAGUCAGAUGUCGAUAUGUUAUUAGCAUCUUUUGAGGUAGAUCCUGGACACACCCUUAAUCACUCUGAAUGUGCAUGAAAUUCAGUCUGAUCACAGAAAACAUUCAAAGGCGUUACUUUUUUCUGUUUUUCUUUGCAAAAACAGCAGCAGCAUUAAAGGAAAUCUUAUUACUGCAUGGUUUACAACAUAUUAAGAAGCUAAACAAUCUAUCUUUUCUCUGUGACAGUAUCUAGUCAUUUAAGAAUCUAGGAAACUUCUGACUUUCAACCUUUUUUCUGUAAAGCAGACUGGGAUUCAGGGAUUCAGGCACUCACAUUUCUGUUUCUCUCAGCCAAUGACCACAGAGCACAGUGACAGUAGAUAAGCAUCAACACCUGCUAACCUGUGUGUGUGUCAAUGCUCUCCUCAGGUCUGGACGACUGUCUCCAGCAGUACGUGAAGAGUUUCGAGCGGGAGCAGAUGGGGGGAGAGCAGCUGCUGCACAUCACCCAUCAGGAGCUGGAGGAGCUAGGUGUCACCAGAAUAGGACAUCAGGAGCUCAUCCUGGAAGCUGUCGACCUCCUCUGUGCCCUGGUCAGUCAACUGCUGCUACCUGCUGACUUAUUCCUCUUGUUUUAUGUGGGAGGGAGAUAAACACAGUCUGGAUGUGUUCACUACUGUGUCUCUGAAGGUGUCAAAGCACUGGUUAAAUAUACUUGGCAUUAUAUUAUUAUGAGACAAGUAUGGAGGCCUAAAAGGUAAAAAAAAAAGAAAAAAAGGCAAGCACACAAGUUGCAUACACUGAUUCUGGUGUAACAUUGUCUUGCUUAAUUUAUUCUUUAUGUAACAGUGGUGGAGCUGUAAAAACAGGUGAUGGUACAUUGUUAUAAAGAACAGUAUUUGGAUGAAUAUGAGCCGUUUAAAAUGCGUCAUCUGAAUGGGGGGAGUAGCAACAAAAGGUUUUGUUUAGCAAGACAACGAACUGAAGAGAAUAGCUCUGUGUUUAGCUACAGAAGUUUUUUGAUUACUCUAACACGCCAUCGUUCAUACCCCACCAACACACACACACACACAUAUGAUGACGUAGAUAAAACUGAUUUAAACGAAAGAGAGAUCAAUAAAGUUUCCAUUUGUAUUGUCAACUCAGCAGCCGUAAAUAUGUCGAUUGAAAUACUGUACUCGUGUCUAUUGACAGGUUGGAGGUUAAGUGAAAAGUCAAAAGCUGUGUAUUUCUGUUAACUCUCUGAGUUGCAUUUCAUUGUUGAUAUAUUGAUUUGGUUCUUUUGGAAAUUUGACAUUGUUUUUUCACACUCUGAGUGACACCCCUGCGUUGCAAGUGACUUUCAUCAUAGUUAACCUUGAAAGGGUUUUGACACGGGCGACACAUCAGUUCUAUCCCAGGUCAGACAGGGCUGUUCUGUGUGAAGUUUGCAUGUUCUUCCUGUGCAUGCGUUGGUUCUCUCCGGGCACUCCGGCUUCCUCUCACAGACCCAAAACGUGCUCAUUAGGUUAAUUGGUGAUUCUAAAUUGUCCUUAAGUGUGAGUGUGACUGGUUGUCUGUCUCUCUAUGUGGUCCUGCAAUUGACUGGCAUCAGGUUCAGGGUGUACCCCGUCUCUUGCCCAAUGACAGCUGGGAUAGGCUCCAGCCCACCCGCGACCCUGAAAGGGAUAAGCGGUAUAGAAAAUGGAUGGAUGGGUUUUGGCGUUAUUACCAAGAUCCUAAUGGGAAGAUCCCCAGUGGGAACUGGCUCGUAACUCAGAAACAUAUGGUACAAGUUAGUUCAGGCAGCUCAACAUUAACAACUUUCGAGUGUUUGGCAGAAUUUUUUUUGUAGAAGUUAUGACCAUAGGUGGCAAUUUUAGGAAAACAUAUGUAUAACCAAAUUCUUAACAUUGUUUUGGUAUUGCUGCCCAGACUUAGCUUUUAUCGCAAAUCCAGUCCCAAACCACAUCUGGCUAUUUUGCAUGUGGGUUAUUUUCUUAUUUUUCUCUUAAGUAAUUCAAAAAGAGUAAAGAUAUUCAAGCUGAACCUGCUGGGAUUGCCAUAACUAUGAGAGCGACUUUCUUUUGUUAAACUGCUAAAGACAUUUUCACAGGUGUAUUUGUGGUUGUUUAUUUUCCCACACCAGUUAUUGUGAUUGACUUAAGAAAUAGCUUGAAAAGUCAUUUUUGGCGCUACUUUGUGUGUACUUCCUCGGUCACUGCUGACUCUCUGUGCAGUGGCCCUGCUCAGGAUUAGGGAAUUAGGGGGAAUUAGGUGCUACUCUCCCAGAGCGAGAAAGAGAGCGAGAGAGAGGAGUGGAUGGAGAGAGAAAGAGAGGAGGAGAGAGAGUAUGUAGAAAGCGUAUGCAGGAUGCACCUUAUCUCCCAGGCACACACGGUUGGAUUAGUUGGGGCUGUUUAAAUGUGUGUGAAUGUGUGUGAGAGUGUGUGUAGGCGCACAUACUUGUGUGUGUGUGUGUGUGUGUGUGUGUGUGUGUGUGUGUGUGUGUGUGCGUGUUAAUCAGGACCUCUUCUCAUUCAAAUGUUCCAGCAUGGGAAUGAGUGUCCCAGAGCAGCAAUCACCCCUAUGUCCCGGAACUGGACACACGCAAGUGCAUGGACACACACACACACCCACUUGCACAGACACAGACAUGCACACACACUACACAGGAAUGCCAGGUCCUGAAGAUGUAUCUCUAAAAUUACUGCUGUGAGGCAUCGUUUCAGUGUGUUACAGCCUGGCUCUUGGUUUUUGUAGUUUCAGCUCCAUCUCUCUUAUCAGCUAUAGUGAUGCUUCACUCACCAAGUUAAUUUCAGGAUGUGUUUCGGAAAAGAUCGGCAUCUGGGGAGAAAACAUGAGCAAGUCAGACGUGUUUUAAGUACGAAGCUCUUUUUUAGCUCAUGAAAUAUGAAAAAGAAAUUUAAGGUGGACAGUAUAAUAACCAUACUGUCACCAAACAUAGCCGCAGGUGAAAGCGUCAGCAGUGCAGCUGGCAUAAUACACCAGGGACCACAUGCCUAGGGGUCCACAAUGAGACCUCCAUAUCAGUUUUUGUUGAUGAUAACACUGAAUUUAAAGCUGCCUUCGAAUUGUUGCAUGACAAUGCUAUUAGCUUAAGUUCUCCUAAACUUAAACCAAUCCUGUCAUGUAAAAUUUAUUCAUACCACUCUGUUAACAAUGUUGGAGCAGAUACUUAAAAAGAGAGUUAUGUUACACAUAACUGCUCAAGUUUUUAUAAAGAAAACAUGUUACAUUACUUAAAUACUCACUGCCAAAAGUAACUGGUUACACUAUUAGUUAUAUUUCUUUUGCAAUACUCCAUAACAUCGCCUGAUUAUUAUGGAGAGGAUAUACACAAGCUCUUUCUAUUAUGCUUGUAGAUACACUAAAGACAACAGCAAAGUUGUUAACAUUGGUUCACAUGACAAUGCACUAAAUGUGUUAAGAUCAAGCCGACAUCACCAAGGUUAUAAUAGUCUUGAAAUAUUUCUAUUUCAGUUGAAUUUGAAUUCCCCUGUAUGUCAGUCCCAUUGGGCUACCCAUAGACACAUAUAAGAAACCAUUUACAAAUAGUUUUGUUUAUUACAGACCUUAAUAAUGUGGCUAUGAGUUGGGAUGCUUAGACAUGUUGAAAUGGCAGCUUUUCUUUAAGAAAAAAAAAAAAGACUCAAUCGUGCAGCACUUUGUUUCACAGCUAUUUGCGCGCAAGGGCUAACUUUUGAGUCGCUUUGCGCGAGUCGUCAAGGCAGAUCACAAUCGAGAUUUUAAUUUCUUGUAUGACAGUCUAUUUAUUUAUCCAUUUAGUCUAAGUGACAGUCUUUGUGGAUGUGCUUGUGUUUAUCAGCUGUCUAACUUGGCUAACAGACUCGCUGUGAGUGAGACCAAGUACAUAUUACUAAGUUGACCCAGCAAUGUUACAUUAGUUUGAGAGGCAGAAACGCUCUUUUGAUUCAACAUAACUUAAGUUGCACAUGAUUUCCAAGCUUUUUGCCUUGUUAAAAACAUCUAAAAUGGCAACGAGGCAAGAAUUUAUAAUGAAAAUAAAUAUUUAUAUAUGUUAUUGCUAUAUUUUUUUAUAGUUAUCCCUAUAAUAGAAAUAUUACUAAUAUAACAUACAUGGAAUGAUUAAAUGUUUUAUAUAUAAAUGAUUUAUAUAAAAUUGCCUUGUGUGUGUAGGCCUAUAGCUAUUGCUCUCCAUAUCUGCUUAAUGUUUAUUUAUGAAAAUCCAUGGUUAAAAUUAUUCUUGAAUAUGCAGGAACAUAACUAAAACUCUGAAGUUUGUUACAAACCAAACAGAUCGAAAAUCGGUUUAAAAUGAAUCAAUCUAUGGUUAUUUUUAUGCUACAUGCAGCGUCCACUGUAAUGUUAUGAGUGGGCGAUCGUCCCGUACCAAAAUGGUCGCCACUGCGCGGACGACGGUCUCCAUUGGCUAACAGCGUGAGUAAGCCAUCUAGCGUUUAUAUAUAUAUCUGUGGGGCUAUCCCUGUCAAAUAGUCUGGCCACGCCCCUAGUUAGCAUACCUCUUAGCAAGUAUGUUAUGUUACUUCGCAACAGGUGGACCCAUGCUGAACUGAUGGUACGGGAGGCUGCUAUGCAAGACUUCCACUUUCACUCAGGUAGAAGUCAGGAAGACAUUUACUUAACUAUUUUAUGUCGAUGUAAAGUAACUUGUUGAUUUAAUGUCGAGCUCGGGGCAGUGGAAAGUUGUCACACAACAUCAGAGUAAUGUGCCCAAAGAGAUGCCUGAAGCUUAACCGGCCUGUCGUUUUAGCUCUUCAUCUUAAGGAGUAAAAAACAUAUCCCUUGAGAAAAGGUCAGACAGUAUCGUGAAGUGCAUGAAAAGGAGUGCCUGAUAUUUUCUUUAACCUUUCAUUAAGCAGACAUAAGAAGUUAAAGUGAUGCUAUUAACGAGAUUAACAUUUGAUUAACGGUAGGCUAAUGUAAUCACUGAAAUAACAACAGUAACUCGUUACAUUCUGUGCUACUGGAGUAAUGCGUUACUUUUUGACGUUUUACCUGCCCUCUAACCCUGCUGCUACACUGACAGGCUUCAGUCUUAGGUAAUUUUGUGUGUUUUUGCUUCAUUAGCUUUUCUCACUUGCCACUAAAUUAUUUAUAUUUUUGACGAAAUUGGGCUCCGGUGGUUUGAGGGACAUUGUUUGCUCAGCUUAAAUAAGUAUGUCACUUUAGCUACUGUCAGGGGUUUGAUCAUGAGCUGGGUUGGAUGAAAGCUGCACUAUGUGUCUCUACAGGGUGACAUUGAUUGGGGUGUUUGUUUUCUUUGCCAGUGUGUGGCACGAGUGUGCCCCCAAAAUUUGCACCAGGGCCCAUCACCGCACUACUGAUCUCAGCUUUCAGAUGGACUUCGGGCUUAAACCUGUCAUUAUGACAGAUUUGAUUCCUUAUAGACUUUUGAACUUUAAAAAUUCAUUUGUGAGGAGGGACAUUUUGGGUAAACUUGAAAAUCUGCCUUAACUGCUUGCUGGUCCAAAUUCAAGUGCUCAUUUCUUGCAUUGUUGACCUUUGUUUAACUGCAGACCUGACCUAGUCCUAUGCUAAGUAAAAUGUAUUUAUUUUGAAAAUAAAAGAAAACCCAACUACAAAAAAUUAGACCCUAGUUAUAACAACAGAUUUAUGCAUUAAAAUUGCCUCAGGACAGAAAAUCUCCCUAGUCUUUCCUUCAUUUACUGCACUUCCAGAUAACAAAGACACACAGCUCUGUAGUAUCUGCAGGCACUGUGAAUAUUUGGACAGUAUAGGUUGAUUUUAUACAGUCAGCAUUAUAGGCCAUCAUAUAGAAAGCAGAACCCUGCUCCCCCAGCUCAACCAUUGUGCUUUUCUGGUCUUUCUUCAGCUAAAAUGAGGAGCUUCUGUGGACCUAGAUCAAUGCAAGUUCCAAGCGCUGACUGGGCUUUCAGUCUCGCUGUAAAUGUGGAAAGCCCCUUCUUUUAUGUCUAUGCAAUCGAGUUUUUGCCCCUAGCGUCUAUGCUAAGUAGGUUUCUGGGGGGUUCAACGAAUUUUCAGAAGAAUACACCAAGGAAAGGACCUAACUUAAGAAUGAAAUGCUGCCAAAAUCAGGAUUGAAAGACCUAUGAUAAUGACACUGGCAUGGUUAAGAUUGUACUGAAGUUAAAAUGUAGAGAAUUAAAAACACAAACAAAACUAACUCAAGAAAAAUACCCCAGAUGACUUCAAGUAGACCUUUCCAGAGUGGGCUGUGGAAGCCAGGUGGCAGGUCUUUGGGAGUAUCAUGAUGUAGCCUCAACACUGCAUUAUAUUAUUAUUUUUUUUACUUUAACCUUCUAAGACUAGUUUAAAUUUGAGCUUGUAGAGCCAGUGUUUAACUAGGACCUGGCUGAUUUCUGGUUAUCUGUCGUGACUGUUACUUAAUCUGCACCAUCAGAGUUGGCAGAGCUUUUUUGAGGGACGCAUGAUAUGGAUUUUUUUGAGCCGCCACUGAAAACCAAUAAUAACCUUCACCCUGUUUGGAGGAUACUCAUAGGAUUAUCAAUAAUUUUUCAAUUAUUUUCUCUGGAUAUUUUUUCAAAUGCACCCUUAAUUUCUAGGGCUUCCUAUUUCUUCAAGAGCUUCAUCUUCUUUGUGGACCUGGAGGUAAACUGAAAAAAUUGUUGCACACAAACGUUUGUACCUUUUUUUUCUCCACUUACAAUACUGGGAGCACAUUAUAGAUUGCAUUAUGUUAUCCACUUCUAAAACAGUAAAAAACAUUCACAUAAGUGAUGCCAAUUUUGCGUUUCUUAAUCAUAUCUGCAGAUAAGAUCACAUAUAAAAUCACAUCUGCAUAAUUUAAGAACACUAGGCCGACCUUUUAGGGUGUUUCAUACCCAAUUCUUAAUGAUAAACAUUUCCAUUACCAGCUGAGUGACGUCAUUCAUAACUAACAGUGACUUAUGACAAAAAUACACUUUUUCUGUGUUGGUUUGAACAUGGUCAAACAUAUUGGUGUAAAAAGUUUUCAAUGAAUCAGACUAUUAUAUGUUUCGAUUAAUGAGAGUAAAACAAAGAACCUGGAGGAAACCCGUUCGGUCAAUCAGAAUGUUUUCCCUCUUUAUUAUCACUGUAUCUUUCAAUUCAGUCAAGUCUCAAACAACUCUGGAGCUGAAAAUAUCUCGGCAUAUUCCAUGAUAAUAAUGAGUUGGCUGUUUUGUGUUUGGAAUCUGUCCUAAUUCUCCUUUUAUUCCGCUUUUGUUCUGAGAAAGUGAUUCAUGCUGUCAUCUUCUCCUUUCAUGCAGAUUAGUCAGCUUUCUAUGUUGGUUUCCUUUGAGUGCCACACUGUGUGACUCAAACUUGAUUUCAAAAUCCUCUUGGUUAUUAUGCAAAAGUUAUUAAAUAGUUGGCCAUAAUUUACGUUCUGAGUCCUUUUCAUCUAUAUUUAAACACUUAUGCUAAUUAGACAGGAGUCCUCAGAUGUUCCAUAUAGGAGAGCAUAAAUGAAUUUUGAAUGUUCGGUUUCUUGCCCCUGGAUAGUGUUUUGUUGAUGCCCCUUUAACUUUUCCUCUCGGAGUUGCUGUGAUAUUUAAUCAGGUUCCAAACAAAUCAAAAUAUAUACAUCUUUUUAAUUCGGAUAAGUCACAGGGUUAAAGAACGAUUGUGUUAUUCUGAAGAAAACCUGCUGCAGAAAUGUAACACUCAGUCAUCAUGCAACUGAAAAUAUUCCUGAUCUGAACCCAGAUCUUCUAAGCUGAAAGGAACACGUGCCAAAGCCGAUAUUCUUUGAUAAAUAAGAUAAGACACUACACUUUGGUGCGGGUUGUCUGUGAAAGCUGAAUGUUAAAAUCUGAACUGUGAAGCAACACUGAUGAAUGUUUUACUUAAGCAAAGAAAAGGAUCAAAGGCUGAAAUUUCCCUCCUUGUUGAAGUAUUUCAUAAACGCUGUUUGAAUGUGAUUCUCUGAACAAUGGUAGCAAUAUCAGCAUAGAGGAGAGGCCACUCCACACAUGGCUGCUAUGGCAACCGCAUCGACAUGAAGGUGGAGGGGUGGUUGCGCUAAUGGCAUCGCCCUCUUACUGUAUUGAUUUGACACACACACACACACACACACAGGCACACAUAUGCACGCACUGCUCAAAUUAUUUCUCUCCUUUUCUCCACGCAUGCACAUGCACACGCACACGCACACACACACACACACACGUACACACUCAUGCACAAAGUCAUUCAGAUGGCCGACACAGGGCAUUAUUCCUUCGCUUCAUCUCAGCGCUCUGUCCCCCCGGAGAGAGCCGCACACAGCUUUAGAUCGAAUCAUAGGACAGACUAAUUACAGCUGUGCAAACAUGCACGCUCUUGGUUCAUGUAUACAUAUACAUUCACACACACACAAAAACAGAAGAUUGUACAGAACACAAAGUAUGCAUGACCCAGUUUCAGAGAGAUUCAUAGCUGGGUGCUCUCUCUUCCUCUCUUCCCCUCUUGUCUUCUGCCUCUUUAGUUCCUCAAUUCCCUCAUUUCUGCCUCUCUCUCCACUGCCACUGUGAAACCCUCUCCUCUUUGUAGUCACUGCGGUCGUGACUGUGUAGAAUAGAUCUAGAGGCAGAGGAGGAAUAGAUACGUCUAGCUAAGCCUGUGCAUCUCGCUAUACAGGGGGAAUGUGUGUGUGUGUGUAUGUGUGUGUGUGUGUGUGUGUAGCCUUUGUGUCAGCAGGAAUCAGGCUCUGUCAGGCAAACAUGACUGUAGGUGCCUUGGGACACUGAGCAAUGUGGCUCAGUGGGUCUGUUUGUGAGAUUGUGUAUGUGUGUGUGUGAGUACGUAUGUGUGUUUAUUUAAUAGGGUCGCAAGCAGUAAUAGCCUACUCAACGAGCCCAGUAUUCUUAUUUUGUGCAGAGCCGAUGUUUUGUGAAAAUCCCGAUGCCUUAGUUUAAGUGGUCAUUACUGGUUCAGUUUUUCUCACUGACUACUAUCAGUAGAAUGAAGAGGUCAGCAGUGUCUUCUGUUGUACCAGUAAGAAGCGAAUCUUGUGUAUUUUUAUGGAGACAGAUGAGCAUAAAUGUUAAAUGUACUGUAUGUGAUAUGUUGUACUGGCAGUGGUUGCAUGUGACUCCUCUGCAACCUGUUUCAAAGAGCGAAAGGAGGCAGGAGAUGAUGAGCCUAGCUUGAGACAGGUAGUCUUGCUCCCUUAAAAAAAUCAAAAAUGUCCCUUUAGUUCAGUUAAGUUUUAUUUUGGAUCCCUAUCAGCGGACGCAGAGUUCCAGCUAAUCGUCCUGGGAUCCAUGAAACAUCUUUAAACAUCUCCAAGCUCUCUUACCCUCAUAUUCAGUCCUACUCUGAUUAUUUUGAGCCACACACUAACAGAAGUAUCUCACUAGUGUUGCUAAGUGGUCAGGCUUGUAUUGUUCCCGUAGUUACUGGCUCUAACACAGAUUUUAUGUGAAGUCCUACCAUAUUUAUAAAAAAGUGAACUUGUAAUCGUUGUAAUAGUCUCAGUGUGUACUGAUAUAAAGACAAGCCCAAGCUCCUAUGCCACAGAUGUCCGAUUGAUAACGUUAUCUGAAAUACUUCCUGUUUUCCAGAAUUAUGGCCUUGAGACAGAGAACCUCCGGACUUUGUCCCACAAGCUCAAUGCUUCGGCAAAGAACCUCCAGAACUUCAUCCUGGGUCGGCGGAGGGGUGGGCACUACGAUGGACGAGCUUCCAGGAGGUUACCGAAUGAUUUCCUCACCUCGGUGGUGGAUCUGAUUGGAGCAGCUAAGAACCUGCUAGCCUGGCUUGACAGGUAGGAACUUCCCUGUACUUGUUAAAACAAUGUGGUAAUGUUCAAGUCAUCCAAAUGUUCCCUCACCGUAUGUUAGCGUAGCAUGAUUUUUUUUUUUUUUACUUGUAUAGUAUGAAGCACAAGAUGGUGUCUUUUCCUAAAUUUAUAUCUUGAAGCAUUGCCCACGCAGGCUGAUUAUGUAUUUGUUGGAGUUUAAUUUAUUGUAUUUUAAUAAUUAAUAUAAGUUUUAAAAUCAUCCACUGGCACGUUUACUUGGCUCAGCAUAAAUACUGAACUUUCAAAGCUAACAGUCUUCUCCUUCUUUGUGCUAAGUGCACUGUCAGGCAGACAAGACAAGUGUGGCAUAAAUCCUCAGUUUUCUUGACUACAGAGAGGCACGCGUCAGUGCUGGUGAAGUUUGAUCAGCUGAUGGAACCAUAUGAAGCUAUGCACUCCUACAAAUAAAGUAAUGUUGGGCUUUGGAUCCCUGGGUUUCACAGCCUCCUGGUCAUAAAACAAAAGCAAAUAUCGCUGUUUGUUUUCAUCACUCCUGUGCUCUGUGAGGAACAUAGAACAGCUUUUAUUGCUCUAUUUCUCUGCCCCCAUCACAGCUUUGAAAUCACACUGUUAGCAAAUAAAUGAAAUGAACAAAAUCAAAUAAAAUAGCCAAAAUUGGGGGGAAAAAUUGCUUCCUCUGGGCGAAAUAAACAAACUCAAUUUUCUUCAUAGAAUGGCAGUUUACUCUUUUAUAUUCAUUUACAUGCAGUUUCAUCCUUGAGAAAAACACUGUCUUUGUUUUUAAGUCCUUGCAGGCGGGAGCGUCUGAUGAGAAACAACAAAAUUUAGAAUGAGAUCAUGGCCCGUAUUUUCCGAGGUUCAACAAAUUUUCAGCAUAUUUUUAGGGUCUCAAAUGAGUUUUUGAGAUGAUGAACUCUAUUUUCUUCUGUAUUAUUUUGUCUGCUCAGGUCUCCAUUUGCCAGUGUAACAGAGUAUUCAUUACUGAAGAACAACAUCGUACAGCUCUGCCUGGAACUAACAACCAUCGUACAACAGGUAGUUGCACACACACUCACGCUCACGGCACGCAUGCAUGUUGAAAUUUCUAUUUUUAUCAGAUCUGUGCGUUAAACAUCGUAAUUUUAAAGGAAAGGGCAAACUAAAGUGGAUUUGUAAUUUCAGUAUAGAUUAUUUUGGCCUGUGGCUCAUUUCUAUAGAUUUGAUUUUGAGUGGAACAUAUGCCCACUGCUCCAGGCUGUUUGCAGCAUGGCUGAUGGGACGAGUAGCGCUCUCUAACACCCUCAGGCAAAGUACUCAUUGACUCAUCCUUUGUUUAACUUAUGGGCACUGAUGGAGAAUGAACAAGGGGUCCCUUCAUUUCCUGUCCGCUAUCUGCUCCCCCUCUGGCUCUCUCCCUCAUGUUGAUUCACCACAGUCACACACAAAUACACUUAAAAAAAAUAAAGCCAGAGCUACAUGCACACACUCUGAUAUUGUGUAAAUCUCAUUGUUUGGACAAAAACUAUGACUGCUAUCUUGGACCCCAUCCAUGUCCUCCCCUGUAAGAGCCUGCUCAGAGUGAAUCAGAGUGGGUUUGUAUGUGUGCCCAGAGUAAGUCCUGGAGCUGCACAGAUAACACCCAUUCCCUCUUGUAAGGGCCAGAGGAGAGGGGGGAGAGGGGGGCCACUGUAGGACCACAAUGGGCCAAAUGUACAUGUGGUUGCCAGGGUGCAAUGAGACAGACAAAGGUGGCAGCAGAACCCGCAAUAAUGCAUCACACAGAUGAAUUAGCUGCUACCAUGCACAUCUGGUGGAUUCAGUGGGCUGCUUUCCCAGAAAUAGAUUAACUAUCAGCUAUCGUUAAAUAACAAUCUGUCACAUUCAAAUAUUGUCGUUUCCAAAUCCUGAGGAGGCUCAUCGAGCCCACGACAGUCGAACGGAUCCAGAGCAUGUCUAUCUGGUGCUUCAGUCUGCCCAAAUUUUAAAGAACUAUGCAGAAUGUGUAAAGUUAGAAAUUAAAUCACAGAGAGUUUAUGUUCUCCUUUGAAGAGGGAGUCACCUCUUGUUCUUCCUGAUGGAUGUGUCGUUUCUCUUAUUUCUGUCUUUCCUGGUUGGAGAAAUUUGAGCCUGAUGUUUGUCUCUGCUCCCUCCUUACAGGACUGCACUGUGUAUGAGACGGAGAACAAGAUCCUCCAUGUGGUGAGUUUCAUUUUAUCAUAUCAGCUACGACACUUCCUCCUUGGCCAGUAAAGUUUCAUCUUAGCUUGCCCUCAUUUUUGGUUCUUAUGUGAAGAAUUGGGCGCCAGUCAUAUUCAUAUAUGACUAUUUUAUCUGUGUUUUAGUUGUAACAGUCAGUAGCCACUAAUUUCAUAGUCAAGGUAAAAAAAAAUGAGGGAGACAGCUAAACUGGCUUUUCUGAGGAAGAAAAAUCACUUCAUUAAUUGAACAGUGAAACUGAGUUUUUUUGACUUGGUUUCUAACCCACAAAAACUGCUCUGUAACAGUAAAAACAGUUGCAAGCAUCCGUGAAACUCCAAUAGGAUGCUGCUCCAUACAUUAUAGAUCACAAAACUAUGACUUGUUUUAAAAAUGAUGUUAGAUUUUACAUGUUGUAAACAUGUUGAAGGUCAAGUUAGAGAUUUUUUGACUGACUCCAGACAGAGCCGUGUUUGCCAUUUCCCACUGUUUCUAGUGAUUGAAGCCAACCAAACCGGCUCUAGGGAGGUAUCAGUCACCUCAUCUAACUCUAUCAAAGAGAAAAACUAAAUAAUUAACAAUUUCCUCUUAAAAUCUAAUCUCGGUGUUGCACACAAUCUUUUCUCUGAUUUUCUCAGAGAGCAUAUUUGUAAAAGUGCUUCUAUGCAUUCUGAAAACACGUCAAAUGUCUUUUCUUUUUUCUUAUUUGUUUUGCUGUGUAUCUCGCUUGCAUGUCACAGUUCUGUAUGUGUGUGGGAAUUUGUGGCCCAAAAUUGUUUGUGUUAUAUUCAAAGCAAGCCUGAGGCCUCUUGAGAGCUCCAGCUUGUGUGUGUGUGUCCUUCUGUGUGAAAGCGUGUGUUGGCAUGUGUGCUUGUGUGUGUGUGUGUGUGGGCGCGUGCGUCAGUGCCCAUGCAUGUAUGAUGGGGAACCGUCUGUAACCACGUGUGAAACCGAGUGAGGAGCUAGUGUCUGAUGUGGACUGACAGUUGGAUUUGGGACACUUCCUGCUGCCAUUCAAGGUCAGGAGGAAGAAACCAAAUUAAAUUUUGAUGGGGGGACUUCAGAGAAAAAAUAUCUGAAGAUUUUUUCAAUCAAUAAUUCCACUCUCAGAUCCUCUGUCUGAAGGUUUGUAUAGUGUGGCUUCUGCAUGACUUCUAUAAACAACUUGCAUGUCGGUCUCUUUUCAGGAUAAUGCCUUUCAUGUUUGUGCGACUUCCCCCUUUCAUUUCCUUUGUUUUUGAACCAUGGCUCUUGUUUACCUGGAUUGUCACAUGCCUGUUAAUGAUACACUGAAAUACUUAAAAUGGCUCAGCACAUGUGCGCAUACAUAGACAUGAACGUACACUUAAAAACCUGUAAUGUGUGAGGUUUCUGGGAGAAAUAAGGAGAUAGCAUGGAGGAAGAGAGAGAGAGAGGGAUGAGCUGUUUGAUUUUAGAUUAUACUCUCCAGCUGAUUCUUGUUUACUUUGUGUUUUGGAGAUAAAGAGGAGAUGAAGUGACGCUGGCACUAGACUUAUAUAGGACAUAUAGGAACCUAUAUACCUAUUAAUACAUGAUGGGCUUACAUACAGAGACAUGUAGUUGAUUAUCAAAGUCAAGAUUUUUCCUUUUGUAAUUAACACGUUAAUAUUUCAUUUACAAGUGCCUUUUACACUUAUGUUUAAACUCUAUCAUUUUUUGCCAUUUUUCUGUUGUUUAUCUGUUUUACCUAAAUAUUUUGUUUUUAUAAAAACAGUACUACCUUGUUAAGAUACCAUUACGACUACUACUAAUAAUAAUAGUAUUUAUUAUUAUUAUCAUCAUCCUUAUUAUUAUUGUUAUUGGUUAAAAGAUAAAAGUUUUUCCCUGGUCAGUAAUGAUGCUGAUUUUUCUGACAGGUCAGCUGAUGGUCGAUACAAAAUGCUGAUUUCAUAUCAUAUUUUGUUUGUUUUGCAUUUGAAAAAAUACAACAAUUGAUAAGACUAUCAAAUAAAAACAAAAUUGCUGAACUGUAGUUAAUCAAAUACAUAUAGAUGGAAUAAUAUUCGGCUCAGUUAAACAUCACUGCAAGGGACUUUAGGAUUUCUGUUUGGCAAACAGAAAUUGUUUCUUAAAUUGUUGCAAAAAUAAUAACAUAAGGUAACUGCUGGGGUUUUAAUUAGGGUAAAAAAAGUCAUGUUCAGAUUCAUCAUUCUAUACUUAUCAAAGUCUAAAAUACUUGUGGUGUCAGCCAGUAAUAUGAUUUAGAUAGAUUUUUAAUGAAUCACUGGAACGACAGAUUGUUAAACAUGGCUGAGGCUGAUAUUACUAUGAAUGCAAAACAAUAUUAAAAUACUAGUCAGUGACUUUUUGGAGUUGGUUAAUGGGUGCAGAUAUAAUACUGAAUAUGUCACAAAUGCCAUUAAUUGGCCAUUGAUUGAUCAGGCCACCCCGUGAAGUGUCACCUAACGUUUUUUAAAUUUGUCUGCAUCUUAAAAAAGCUCUCAUAUUCUAAUAUGCUGUUUUUAAAAUCUUUACUGCAGCCAAAAUUAAAAAAAAAAAAUCAGAAUCAGCUUUAUCAGUCAUAUUUACAUGGUGAAUGCAUGAAAAUGUAUUGGUUUCAUUUGGCAACAUAAACACAUAAAAACAUAAACACAUAAACACAAAUUUCGUUUUAUAUGACCCGGGUUUUUAUAGAGCUCUGUUUCUCUGGUGGUGUUGUAAUCUAACAUUAUGAUGUCUGCAUGCCGGUUAAACAGCCGGCAGUACGAGUGGAGUAUCUAGCAUUAACUCCACACAGACGCUGUUAAAUGUGCGGGUCAGCUCCGUCUUUGUGACUGUAGCGACAGUUGUACAUUUGUCAGCUUCCUCUCAAUAAUGCAAAACUCACUGCUACUCUGCUCUCCUCCAGACUAGGGCCUGCAGCAAUCAGAUGGACAGGGAUAGUGUGUGCACGCAUGUGUUUGUGUGUGUUUUUUGUGUGUGUGUGUAUGCGCGUGUGUUGUGUGCGUAUGAGAGAGAGAGAAGAUAUGAGCAUGUGUGAGUCUGUGUGUCUGAUGGAGCGUGAAGUGUGUAUGAGUAUGUGUGUGUUUUUAUGUGCAUGCAUGCGUAAGGAUGAGGGAAAUUACAUAAGACUGUCCUAGUUGUGUGUUUUUCCUCUCCCUUGUUUUCUAGCCUUUCCUCCUAGACCCCCUCCGCACACACGCACACGCGCACACACACACACACACACAGACACACACACCUCUCUCCUCCCUUCUUCUCUCCUCCUCUCCCCUUCUCUCCAUCCUACUGUGUCUCUAGUUAGGUUCAUACUCGUUGCAGCAUGAAAUUCUCAAGCAUGUGGAGACAAUGCAUAGAGCAACUGCGCUCUAAGUGUGUGUUAGCAUGUUAAUGUGCGGUAGUGUGUGCAUGAGAGAAAGGUGCGAGUUGAUGAAGAAGAAAAAGAGUGUGCAGAGCUUAAUCCAUUUGGCAGCAUAGUAUGUCUGGCUUUCUGUUUCACCGCACUUAAAUCUCACGCCUGCUAGUCACAUCAGUUAACGCCUCUAUAAUCUGAGCCCUUAUUCUCCAGAGGCGUGUCAGAUCCAGGCAGGGUGUGUCACAGCUGGAGGAGUCGGUAGCUCGCCUCUUGUCUCAAGGUCUGUGUUAAUCCCAGGUCAGGCUAUUAGUCCAAUGAUCAAAAAUGAUACAAGCACAGCCACAGAAUUGCUGCUCAUGGUAUGCUGCAGGGGACAUCUCAUGCUAUUUGCAGCUCUAUUGUCAGGAUUAGAUAUACUCUCCUUUGACUUUCACCUACAUAUUCACACAGCUAGAAGCAUUGAGGACUGCAUAAUUAUGGCCAAAAUUACCAUUAUUUGAAUCAGCAAAGCGAUAACUCUCAUUUAAUGUAAUUAUUUGAUCAUUUGGCAACAGCCUUUUUGUAUUUUUACCAUAAAAUUGACAAUAAUAAAUUAUAUUUAUCAAUCAUCUUGUUCAUCAAUAUGCUACAAAGAGGCAGCAAAAUCAAACAGACAGGUCAAACAACUGAAUUUGUUAGCAAUUUAAAAUUCAAGUUAAAUCGGGAAAGGCUUGCUGAUGAAAGUAUGUUUAAAAAUUUAAAAGGGAUCACUGACUCAGCUGAUCUGAUUCACUCUGAGAGGCCCGUCUAGUGUUUUAGACCCCUUGCGACAUACUCUCUGUCACCAGUUUGGUAUUUGGAAGAGACAGAAGACCCCUGCCUGAGGAUCUUAAAGUAUGUGUUGGCUCAAAAUAUACUAGCAGGUCUGAUAUGUAGCCGGGAGAAAGGCCACAGAGAGAUUCAAAAGUUCACAAUAAAUUCAGUCAUAAAACACUCAGAGGGCCAGUGGUUUUUAGUUUAGGCAUGCAGGAGAAAAAAGUAAUUAUAGUAAUUGAGAUAAAUGAGACAAAAACACAUAAAAUCAUCUAUGAAAGAUUAAUCGAUUGAAUUUCAGAGAUAUUUCGGAGGUGAUAAAACAUAAUUGCACUGGCUUUGCUGUAUCCUGUUCAAACCGGACAACAAGGUUUUCAAACAGGGCUGUGCUUCCAGAUGGGUUUUGUGCUGCAUUCUGGUUCAAACAACUUUUGCAUCAACUAAGAGUUACAUUUAGGAGUGCACAGUGUAUUGUACAGUGUAGGUUUGCAGUGUACAGUGUGGGUCUGUAGUGCACAGUUCAAUCAAUCAAUCAAUCAACUUUAUUUAUAUAGCACAUUUUAAAAUAACCACAAGGGUAGUCAAAGUGCUGUACAAUGAUACAUAAAACAAAUAACACAAAGAGCAAGAUAAAGUGAGCAGAAAUACAAUUAGGUUAGGUCUGUAGUGCACAGUGUAGGUCUGUAGUGUACAGUGUAGGUUUGCAGUGUACAGUGUAGGUCUGUAGUGUACAUUGUAGGUUUGCAGUUUACAUUGUAGGUCUGUAGUGUACAUUGUAGGUCUGUAACAGUGUAGGUUUGCAGUUUACAGCGUAGGCCUGUGGUGUACAGUGUAGGACUGUAAUGUACAGUGUAGGUCUGUAGUGCACAGUGUAGGCUUGCAGUUUACAGUGUAGGUCUGUGGUGUACAGUGUAGGUCUGUAGUGUACAGUGUAGGUCUGUAGUCUACAGUGUAGGUCUUUAGUGCUGUAAUUAUCAGUCUCUGACUUGAUACUCGACACAGAAUGGUGAUUACCAUCGUUCCUCUUGUCUUUCACACAGUCAUUCUGCAGUUUGAGGUUUUCAUUCAAGUGGUUGAACUUAUUAGUUGUGUUGCCUCUAGCAUAGACCAAAGCUUCAACCACUCUCUGCAUUGUAUUUUGCCUUGCUAAAAAUUACUUGCCUUAAGUCUGAAAUACCUCAGAAUAAUCAGUGAUUAGCUGUUUCUGGUGGGCAGCUCUUAUUCAUCCAGUGUAGACAUUUGACCUUUGUUUCUGUCAUUUUGGCCCUAACCUCUGGAUCGUCUGCUGGUUGGAGUGGGUAUUUGUUUAGGAAGUGCUUUAUCUUAUAUACAGUAGCAUUUCAAACAUCACUAUUGUACUUAGGCAUGUUAUUUUUCAACUCUGGGAUAUCAAAGCCAUGAUUGUGAUCAAUAUUUGAUUAACUUUGCAGACAUGUCCUAUCAAAGCUCAGUGUGGAUGGCAUGUACAGUCAGACAUGAAAAAGAUAGCUUUUUCUAUGAUAUAUGCACAAGGACUAGAACAUAAACAAACUAUAUAAAUAUAAAAUCAAACAGGCAGCGUAAUGUUCAAAUAACUGACCCAGAAAAUGAUGUUGUAUAUUUUUGAAUGUAUGAGCAAGAGACAGGGAAAGACAGAGAAAGAAAAGAGAGGAAGAGCAUAUGCAUCACAUGGUUGGCUCACUGAAAAUCCCCCCCUUUUCCCUCACACUGAAUGAAUCAUAGGCUCCGAGCUAUAGCGUGUGUGUGUAUGUUUGUGCGUGUUUGUGUGUGCAUGCCUGCAAAUGUCUGCGCCAUAUUAUGUGUGUGUUGAAGAUCUCUCUUCAUUCCAUCACAUUAAUCUGUAAUUGCUCAUUAGAACUGAGAUCAGAAGAUUAUUUUAAGCAGGGUUCAUUACUGUCAUGCAGCUUGUGUAAACUUAGUCUAGGUAUAUUCUCUGAAACGCAUGUCUGUUGGUGUAUGUGUGAGUGUGCUGUGCGCUAAAUAGCAACGCAAUGAUGCAAGAUAACCAGGGUAACCGUCUCUGAGAGCUUCAGUCCAUCAGCCAAGAUUAGAAGGCAGAGAUGCUGCUAAAGAUAAAUUAACUUGCAUGCGUGACUGAGCAGACAAAUAGCCUGGAAAACAGUCAUGGGCUCUUUGGAACAAAGGCAAGGUGAGGCUUUAGGUGCAUUUUAUUCAACGCGUAUUAGCCUCCAUGUACGGGAAUUUAAGAGCAGUGCAGAAUAAAACUGCAGUCUGUCCUUAUUCACAUGAUUUUAGAGCAAAAAUAGCACUUAAGUUCAGAAAAGAUUACAGAUCUCCACAAAUGGCAUGUGUGGUCUGUAAUUUAGAUGUUAGAAAAUGUCACUGGGGCACCACAGGGUUAGCUGGUAUCGGUGAUGUGUUGUCCUGUCUGUGACAGUGUCUUGUGGGCAUGCCGGUGGACCAACUGUGACAGGAAACAGUUUGUAUGCUGGAGUGAUGGAAGUGGUGAUGUGGAACAACCUGAUGAAAGGAUUUCUGUUUCACCUCCUCCAGCUAGGUCACAGCAUCCCUCGUGGACCAAAACCAAUCUCAAUAACUUUCUUUCUCUUUUUGUCACUCUCUCCCCCUUCCUCUUUCUCUCCUGCUCUCUUUGUCAUUUUUCCCUCCUGCUAUCUUUACCUCUGAUGACACUGCAGUGUAAGACCUUAGCAGGGAUAUGUGACCACAUCAUCUCUCUGUCAUCGGACUCUCUGGUCUCCCAGUCUGCCCAUCUGGAGGUGGUCCACCUUACCAGCAUCAUGCCCAGUGAAGGCCUGGUAAGACUACACUUGAGGAUUCACACACGAGCUUCCACCACCACUGUUUCAGAGAUGCAGUAAUUGAUAAACUCAUUAAAGCCAAGGACUGAAUGCGUAAUGUGAAACUGCAUCAAUGCAUGGGCAUUUAUUACCUGUCUUUGCAGUUCUCCUCAGUCCUGCCUUCAGAGCAUUUUAUUAUCUUUCAACCAUGGAUUUUGGUUUAACUGCGCAAACCUACGUCAUAGCAGCUUUAUGAGGUUAUAGUGUGUCGAUGCUGCAUUGCUCCUUAAAUCAAUGAGCUUUAAAGGCAGGUCAAGUCAGAAGUCCCAAAGGACAGAACCCAGGUGGAGUUAUAUCUUCAUAUGCAGCACUUGUGUUAUGUGAAGUUUAUAGACUGUUUCACACAACUUUUAAACAUUCUCCUUCAAAGCUGUUAACAAUGCUUUUACAUAAUCUGGUCCCAAGUCUCUUCAAUGCUCAGGACUAAUAAUGAAACGUUUAGGGUGUAUAAAUAUUCAGUGUAUUCUUUUUGCCCACUUAUUCCUUAUUGCUUGUUAUGGGAAUUCACCAGGUCAAAACUCACAGCCUGAGUUUUGUAUCUUUGAAGUAUUAUGUCGAGUCAAUUCUUCAGUGGAGUAAAGUUUUCAUCUUAGAAAUAGAAAAGCGCAUGUUACAAUCACAGAAUCAUUGAGAGAGGUCACUGGAUGCUUUGAAGAAGAUGAGGUUGAUGUAAAUUAAACACUUUAGUUUUCACAGUGAAGCUAGUUCAAGCUAGAGUAACAUGGUGGUCUCUGAAAUGAGAGAAAUUCAUCUCAAAUCAGAAUUCUUGUCGGGUUCUAGGAGUCUGAAAUGUUUGGCAAGGAAAUAAGAUAUAUAAGAUAAUUUAAUCCAUACUGGGUUGCACCAGAUAUCUCUAAGUUCAAACUGAGCCUGGUUAGAAUGUAUUGUCUAGCUUUGGACAAACCUUACUCACUGCUCACACUUUAAGGGGUUACACCAGAUGAGGUAGUUUAACAUUAGCAUGAGGAACAUCUUAAAUAUUACAGCUCUGAGUAGCAAACAGCAUUUUGGCCAUUAUACUGUAUAGAACAUGAAAAACAGUUAUGUCCCCCUACUGAUUUAUGAAGUCUUAGUUUUAAGCCCAAAGGUGGUGGUUGUCAAAUUUGAAAUGCCAACUCAACCUUUCAGUCGAACCAGCGAGAGGCAAAGAGGCAAAGUUCAGAGGGGCCUUUAGCCUUCUGCAACAGCCACAUCGGGCUCAACUCUCUAGUCAUCCAGGAGCUUAAUUUGCACAAGUUGUGAACUUGAGCUCUUUAAAACAAGUGAGUUAUAAAAGAUAGUUUUAAAAGAGAGGGAUGUCUGAAUGGAUGGGGAGGAGAAAGUGACUGUUCUCUCUGCUAGACUUUGAUUUGCAGACCUGCUGACAUUUUCCUGGGAGCUGAGAUAAUUUUAUAAAACCAAUAUUUUCCCCCCCCCGGUGUGGCUGUUGUUACCUUACAGUUGUAUAUUAGGAGUUUAGGUUCAAUUGCCCAAUCAAAGAAGGUUUUGUUGUAUCUUACAUAUCUUUUGUGUGUGCUGAGAGGCAACUCUAACAAAGACAGUAUGAAGAAAAGAGCUGUUCAGUGAUGGCCAGGGGAAGUAAAAAUGUCAACUUUGAGGAAAUAGUUUGGAUAGUUUGGAUGGUGUGCUCCACUAAUGGUGAACCUUACCAACAACUUUGACACAACUUAAGUCACAAACUAGCUAGUCUCAUCCAACCUUUGGCUCCCACUGUAAAGGAAGUGAGUGUUUUUGUAACAUUUCCAUUUCGAAGAUGUUAAGAGAUUUGCAAAUCAUGGCUGACUUGACUGACAGGUUGACACACUUUAGCUAUUUGUAAUGAGUUGAAAAGCUAGUAGUAGGUGGACUAAGAGUCAGUCUGAGUCAGCUGCUGCUUCACAAACAAAUGGGUGACGUCACUGUUGCUAUGUCCACUUAUCAUACAGUCUAUAGUUUAAACACAUGGUUUAAUGGAGACUUUACACCUCUAAUAAAGAUAAAACUUACAUAGAGCUUCAGUCAACACCAAACCAAAGUGGUUUUUACUUUGACUUGGGGCCCUCUGUGAGUCAAUCUGAACUUGACAUGAGUCCAGGUCUGGUCCUGAAAUAGACUGAAUUAUGGACACAAAUUCAAAAGUGAUCCGAUUGUGUGCUUUACUGUGACCUCGUUCACCCUGUAUUAUUCUGAAUCUUAUCCCCAUACCUGUGCUGUUGUGUUUUAGGGGAUGUAUAUCAAAUCGACAUAUGAUGGACUUCAUGUCAUCACUGGGACCACAGAGAAUGUGAGUUUUCAUUUCACUAAAUGGGAAGCUUGAAACUUAAGCAACCACAAAUCACGGUUUUAAAUUCUGCAGACUUUACACUUUAAGUUGUCUUCCAUUUGCUCUGAUCGUCCUUUUCUUCUCCGGUUCCCGCCUUUACAGUCUCCAGCAGACCAGUGUAAGAAGAUCCAUGCAGGAGAUGAGGUGAUCCAAGUCAACCACCAGACAGUGGUAAGUGGAGAAGCUCCAAAGCUGACAAUAGAAUCACAGAAAAGAAAGAAAAAAAACACUUUAUAUGUGUUUCCACUGUGAACACAUACUGCAAACUGCCUUUUGUUCUCCAUUCUGUGCUGUGUUGACGAAAUGUCGAGGUACAUGAUGUCUGCUACCACCACCACCACCACUGCCGCCAUGGUGCUUCCUGUCCUGUGCCUGUGUCGCUAUGUAGGCUAAUUAGACCUGCUUCGGGAGCAGAUUAUAGGACGAUUGUUACAAGACCUUUGUUCAGUCCAGCGUGAUUGUCAGCUCACACUUUUCUGGAAUUUGUUCCCAUUGUUGUAAGAAACCCCUGAAGGAGGCGUCUGAUUUGAAAUGUGAACUCAUGUUCCACUUUCCGACUUGAAGAACUUGUAUUUCUUCCCUCAACUUAUCACAUUAGAGGGAAAUGCAGAAUGGGCAGCCAUUUUAAAUGGAACGGUGCCUUGUGAGAGCAUAUGAUUGAGUGAGCUGUCUGUUGCCUGUUCUGUCAGCUCUGACACAAACGAUUUGUUCCAGCGUUUAUUUGAGAUUUCCGAGGGGUAGAGAAAAGGUUUAAUCUGUUUGCAGAAGUCUUUUAUGUGCUUUUCCUGCAAGUACUUCCUCGUAUGUCUGGAUAGGUGCUGCUCAUGUGAAAGCGGCUUGUAGGCGCCGGGGAGCGGCAUUGAUUGACGCGUGAGGGAGCCGUGUGUUAUCUCUCUCCCUCUCUCUCCUUGAGGUGACAGUGCAGAUCGCACCCCGCUAGGCUCGCAGCUCCAACCGCUCAUUACUCCCACAGCUAGACCCUCACCACUCUGAUCCCUCACCCUGGGGGAGGAGAUAAGCAGGGGGAGACAGAGGUGUGUGUGUGUGAUGAGGAAAGGGGGGUGAAAUAGUCAGGGGAUGCAGGGAAGUCACAGAGCUGGGAGAGGGGGGGGGCGAAUAAGGGAGGAGGAAGCAAAGAGGGACUUAGGGAGAAAAGGAAGCUGAUGAAAGAAAAAAGGGGGGACAGGAGGGGAGGGGGCUAAAUGGAGCUGCUGAAGAGAGAAGAUGGAUACACUCCACCAUCAAACUCUCUGUCAACAUCUCUGCUGAUAACUUUAUCUUGUGAGACUCCAUAUCCAAAAAUUGAAUUAGUGUGAGUAUUGGAUCAACAAAUCCUAUUACAUUAUGGAAUCAUUAUGAGAGCCUAACUCACGUAUUUAGCUACAGACCUGCCUUCAUGUCUAUGCAUGAGCUUCUGUUUGAGAAUCACUUCAAAACAGGGCUCGCAGUUUUUAGCUCAGCUUUUCUUUUGAGGUAAAAUAUGGAAUUUGCUCAAAAACAAACUGGUUGUUUGAAGAGGCAACAUAAUUAUGUGGAGGUAAAAGCAUCUGGGAAAAUAAUGAAGACCCCAGGGAUUCUCAAAAAAAAAGAAAAACCUCAUCGGCAGCAGUUUAUGUUCUUUUAUUAUUAUUUUUGGUAGGUUUCCCUGUCUCCCUCUGUUAUCUGCAUAUUUGCAUAACAGAACACUUUGCAUAAACUGGCCUGAUUAGAUUUUUAUUUUUGCCGUUCAUGUUCUCUGUGUGCUGUCCACUCCUAUGGUAAGUCUCACAGGAGUGGUGAAGUUUAGCUUGAGCAAGGCACAGUUGAGUUCAUUUACAGGUCAGUCUAAUCCUGCUGGUGUGAUAAAGAAUCCUCUCAUGGGUGAUGGUAGUGGGGAUAUGGUAAGAGUAUUUUAGAAGAAAAGUGCUUGGGGAUCUUAAAAGCAUGUAAUUUUUUACAGAGAGAUAUAUAUAGCCAUAUUUUUUUUAAUUUGAGAAAUAGCUCAUUAGCAGUCUGUUUUUCAGGGCUGCUUCUGUUCUCACUCAUAAACGCCACAAAAGAUGUACUGGUCAAGGUUUAAAGUCUGACUUGGAAUUCAAGAGUUUGAGUCGAGAGAAAAUGUCUGAGUAGAUCCUAUAUUUGGUGUAACAUUGAUGCAAUUCAGUAUACAAUAGAGUACAUAGCCCAAUUGUUUUGUAGCUUUUUUAAAUGCUAUAAAUUACUCUCCCUCAUCAGGUGUUGGCUCUCUGAAAUCAUCUUCAUCCUUCGAAUCAACCAAUACAAGUUUUGCAUCUUCUGCUUAGCCAAAGCCUUUUGAAAGGUGAUCAAGCUUCUUUAAAAUCAAUCCAGGGCUGAUUGUGAAUCUGAAACAAUAUCAGAGCCUGUGUCUCUUUGUUUGUGAAAGUCUUUUUGUUUAGUUUAGUUUAUUCAUUUCAUUCAUUUAUCAAGCAUAAAAACAAAAAUUAAGCUCAUAAAAAAAGAUAACACUGUAACUCUUGAAUGACAGGGGGCAGAAAGAAGUGAACUUAUAUUGUCUACCCCUUGUAACAACAAAUUAAUUCACAAAUUAGAUGAUAUGCAUCCAAGCAAAGAAGAAAUGGAAGUAUAAGAAGAAAAACAUCAACAAACAACAUCUUGGCAUAAAAUAAGUUAAAGGGCUGCAGCCCAGCCAUCUACUCAUUAUCCUUUUAAUUUUCUAGGUAUAAAAAUACAUAAACACCUGUAUCUGUAUGUAAACCCAUACAAACAGAUACACAUCACCCAUACAUGUACACAGCUUUUGCCUGAUUGUGUUCAGUUCCACUACAUUAGAUCAACCAAGUAGUUUACACUCUAAAAUAAGUGUAGCCUUGCCAUGCAGGAAGUUGGGCAGGCAAAAUGCAUGACAAAAUAUAUCACAAUAAAAGCAUGAUGGAAAGUUGUUUUAUGGGGCAGUGUCUUCUUCAUAGAAGUUGUGUUGACAGGGUUGGGGAUGUGGAUAAAUCAUAAAUUUGAACAUUAGAAGUGGAUGAUGGCUGUAAGCUCAUUAAUAACCCAUUAUGAAGUGAUGUGUUGAUCCACCUUUGUCUCGCUUUUUUACAAUUUGACAGACUGUAUUGUUUUAUUUUCAACUUUCUUAAAAGUAAAUUUCAUUAUGAGAGUUUUUUGGCUACAAUAAUCACAAGAUGAAAAUCUAACAUCAUGAGAGCCUUCACUAUGACUAUUCUUUGAAAUAAGGCAAAGUCUGUUUGCACAAUCUGCUCAUGAAGGACGUGUUUGGAUUAAUUAUUUCUUUGUAUUUCUUCUAGUUUUUGCUGUUUUUGUGAUUCGGUAAAAGUUGUGGUACAUGAUAGCUGACAAGUACUGGUAAUGCAUCACAGUACUACCUCUUCUUCUUUCUAACUUGAGUAUCUUUCUGUGUAUAAUCAAACUCACCACAACACUAGUGGACAAAGCUACCUUUGGAAACCAGAAGGUUCCUGAAACCAAAAACCUAGUCCCUCAGCUUUAUAUCCUGUAAUCAUUCGCAGAGUUGAAAUGCUUGAUAAUAGUUUGCCGUAUGCCAGUUCAGUGUGAAGCUGUAGAGGGUAGAGAGUUAGCCUAUCUUAGGAUGGGAGCUUGAAUUGUGGGGAACCCAUACGGGGCAGAUUAGGAGCAGAUCGAACAAAAGUAAACAUGGUUAUCAGUUUUAGUAAAGACUUGAUAGUUUUGGACAAUGAACCUAUGAAACAAUUAGGUUUUAUAAAUCUGUAAAUAUUUAUAAGCAUUGACCUGUGUUAAGUGUAACUUUUCACCUGAGGGGACACAACAUGCAGCACUAUCUGACCUCUGUGGCAGCUCUUGUUGCUGACCAACACUGUCCAAAGCCAGACUUUCUGAACUCGCCAAAGAACAGGCAACGUGCCACAAAAAGGCUGACACAGACCGGUCAUCAUUAUGUCAGGAAUAAGGUCAGAGCAGUUCUGUCUGUGUGUUGUGAGUGUGUGUGUAAGCAUGGUGGCCUCUGCGGACACUUCUAGUAGCUGAGACUCGUGUAGCCAAUCAAUGGGCUGACGAGUGCUGCGAGCUCUGGAGACAGGCUGGCCGGAACACGAGGAAACACUGCAGUCAGCACUCCUUUCUCACUCCUCUACCAUCUUUCUCUCUCCCUCAGAACUUAAACAUACUGACUAAGCUUUAUUUUAGUAUGACUAUUUCAGACUAGUGGUAGUGGGACAGGGUGAAACACAGAGGUGAUGUUUUACUUUAUUGGUUAGGUGUGGAAAAUAUCUACAGUGAAAUCAAUCUUGUUACAUUAAAGCUGUUUUAAAACACAAAUUUGCAAAUGCAUCACAUCAAACUUACAAUAAAACCUUGGGUUCAUUUGAUCUCUGAAUAUGUUCAAUAACUAGGUAUCACUUAAUUCAGAAAGAGUUACUGGCUUUGAGGUUCAUAUUUAAACUUCAUAUGUAUUUGAAAGUAGGGAUGCACCUAUCCACAUUUUUUUCACAUCCGAUCUGAUCUCUAUUCCUGAAUUUGGAUAUCUGCAGAUACCGAUACUAUUCAGAUACCAGAGCUCUGUUAACUUUACCAUCAUUAUUAUCAUUAUUGUUUAUUGUCAAUGAGGCUGUAAUAAACUCCUCUCUACAGGCAAGUAUAUAUAUCUCAACUCAGUGUCCCAUUGAGACACUCCUCCAUUCAGGAAAUCCAUUGCGCAAUUUGUAGCCAGCAAGUAGACUGACCAGCAAGAAUCGCUUGUAUAGUCAUUUCAGCGGACAAAGUUAAAGCAAAGACAUGACUUAUGGAUCGAAAAUUUUCGUAGGUUGGAUCAAAAAUUUUAGAUCCAUGAAUUAUGUUUGUAUCGGAACCCUGGAUUGGAUCGGCCCCAUCCCUAUUUGAAAGUGAAGGAACUUUUUCCUAUCCUUUGUUACGAUCUCAGUCUCAGUGGUUAAUGUCAAAUAUCAUUCAAACAUCUCUUUCUACUUUGCAAGACCUAUAUAGAAUGCUUCUAUAACCUUUUUUUGUUUGAACUUCAUUAAAAAUAAACACUUGAGCAUAAACCAGCAUGAUGAAAACUAACCAAUUGACAAAAAGUACAUUUGAGGAAAGUUUAUUUAAAGUUCCACCCAUGUUUUAUCUGUUUCAAUGGAAGAGCUGGUGAUCCAGUCACUACAGGAAGCUUUACAAGUUUUGGCUUCGUUUUGAAUAGCUGUUGUUCUGUUCAUGGUUAUAGCAGGAUACAGAAGAGACCACAGACUCUGGACUACUACAUCUGGGUUUUUAGGGAAUCUUUACAUUGUCUCUCAGCUGUCUCUUAGUAAUAAUGGCACAACAGCGACAGUAGAAAGUGGUAUCUGAGGCAGGAGGUAUCAUUACCCUUGUGUGGUGGUGGGAAGAAGCUGUUUGAGGACCUACUAUACGUUCAUGGUGGUUUCCUCAGUGAGGAUGGGCUGACAGCCAAAAGUGCAUCAGUGUGUGUCGUGGUGGUUUUUUGGUAGCCCGGUGUGUGUGCUCCUCAGGUGGGCUGGCAGCUGAAGAACCUGGUCAACGCUCUGAGAGAAGACCCAUGUGGAGUCAUCCUCACGCUGAAGAAAAGGCCCCAGAACACCCUGAGCUCCACUCCAGCACUGCUCAGGAACGUCCGCUGGAAGCCACUGGGCCUGCAGGUAAACCAGCAACACAAGGAGAAGUUUUGUAGUGAGCUAUUUGUCCCUGAAAAGUGACCUGACACGGUGCUCUGUAAACACAACUGUUUUCGAAACGAGAAAUCAAAAUUUGACAACCCUCCAAAACCUUCUUGUACUCUUACAAGUGCAUACUACUUGUAUUUACAGUCAGUGAUUCGAGGUAGGAAGACUGUUCACUGUGUACAGUAAGUCAUGUUUUACCCCUGCCUUUAUCUUUGACUCACUCUUAGUGCUUGUUUUUUUUUCACUGCCCACGCUCUUCUUUCUGCCACCAGCAUUUUUAGACAAACAUUUUCAAAGGAAACUUGUUGUGUGUUUGACCUUGCAUCAAUACUCCUGUUGAGUGUUUCAACAAGUCUCUUAGUUUUUUUGCAGCCUGUUGUAUAGCUGGCACCGCUCAAAGCCAUUCACAAAUGCGUCGGUUGUUUCACUGUCACCUGCAGUGAACUUGUGCGUACCGAAAUCCAACAUUUUAGAUCAAUUUCUUAGUUAAACAACUGAUCGAAAUGAUGAAAUAUGCUCUGAUAGUUCUUCCACAGGUAGUGCAGAGUCACUAAAAGUACCACUCCACUUACAGACACUCACAAACAUGAAGGACUUUGGCCCUGACUCAUUUCACCUUUGUUGUAGUGGACAGAGAGUGCCUUAUAAAUCUGAAAUACUGUAAAUUUCAGAGGUGGGAUGUUUAUUUGAAGGACUUACAACUCGGAGUGGAUACAGAUUUGACUUAAGGGCAAAUACUUUGCAAUGUUCUGUCUCUCACUCAGAACAAAUUUUUGUUAGUGGAUAGAAAAUAGUGGUGCGAGCCAGGCAGAGGAGAGCGAGGCGAGGGCUAAUCUGUUGCUGCCUGACUGCUCAUUGCAGCAGCUACUGUCAUGUUUCUGCACGUCUUUAAGUUUCUAAAUGCAGUAUGUAUACAUGUGAGUUCAUAUUCACAUGGGCCUCUGUGUUUGUUUUGAAUGUGUGGUAAAAAUGAUUUCUAUACUGUCCUAGAAAUCAGAGAAAUAGAGCCUAUCACAACUUCAUUAUCAUCUCUGUCUAUAAUGAGGUUGCUGCCUUGUUGGAUCAGCACUCAAAGUUGUUUCCAUAAGCUUAUUGUUAUAUUUACUGUAUGCAACAGCAGAGGAUUGUGGGAAUUCUACCCUGAUGAGCUGCUAAAACACAGACGUGCCGUGAGCGUCUAGAUCAGAGUGCAGAGAUAUCUGUGGGAGAAGAGAAGAAAGGAAUGUUUUAGAUUUGUUCUCUCUCAGAUAGACUGGAGCUCUUAAUUAUUCAUAAGCAACUACAGGCAGCUCCACUGGCUCUGAAACAAGAGCUGCUACUCAGCAAAUACUGUAGAUAAUGCACUGAAUCUAAAAUCUCCUGCUAAACAGCCUGUGAGAUGUGUGUAUGUGUGUGUUGGAUAGCUGUGCACAAAUUUCCAAGCGUUGCCCUAUGCAGGUUUGUCCAUCUGGAUGUGUCCAGUGGAGUGUGGUUCAGCACAUGUAUGUUCAGGCACGCAGGGGGCUGCAUCCGUUAUCUGUCUGGUUGCUCCUUUGAGAGCUGAAGGAAGUGGGUCACUGCACUCUGUUAGCUUGAUCUUGAAUACAAACUGUACCCUGUACACACUCCCAGAACAAACACACAUUCAAACACAUGUGCUCUCUUACCGCUAAGCCCCGUUUCAGAAGAUAAAUUGUGCGCCUGUGAAGUUUAGCCCAAAUGUGGCAAAUGGCUGGAUUAUCACUAAAUCCACAAAGGCAACAAUUUAUCUCAAAAAUUAUCCUGUGAUUCCAGCUCCAAAUCCCUCCAUGGCAACCUCCUUGAUUCCUCCAAGUAACAAAUCUCUCUCUCUCUAUCUUUCUGUUUGUGUGUCUUUGUGUUUUCACCAGUGUCUGUUUUCCAACAUGGUAGGAGAAAAAGAGUAAAAGCGAUUCAGUGAUUCACCGUAAUAAAAACAAUGCCAGUGAGGGUUAUAAAAAAAUAAGUCGAGGAAUGCAGUGAGGCUGCAUUAUGCAUGCAGGUCUGCUGUGCUGCUCCAAAAUGUGUGUGUAGUGAGUUGUUCUAUUUGUGCCUGAAGGCCACUUCAGCAUCCACAUCACAGGUCACUUCACCAGCCACACGUGUGCAACACAUAGUCUGUGACCUGGCUUUCAUAAAUCUGUUAUAUGUUUGGAUACAUAAAUGAUUGCUCUUUGGAAAUGUGUGCUAUUUUAGUCAACAGUCAUGUAUAAUUUAAAGGCCUGCUUAAUGGGUGAGGGGUUACAGCUCUGUUCAUGAAUGCACCUUACAUAUGGCACACUCUGUUGGUCUAUUUCUGUGGGUUUUUUUUAAACAUGUCCAAAGCAACCUAAUUCCCUGCAAUCCUUUCAGAGAUAAAUGACUGAUGUAAAACCUUAAAGCUCCUAUGAGGGGUUUUUGGUUGGUUAUGAAAAAGACUGAGGUUAAUACUGGUGCCUCUAUGUGGGUCAUAAAAGCAAACACCAAACCAUAAACAGCAGGACUGGGUAUUUCUGUAUAGUGUUUAAGUACUUCUGCAGGUCAGGGGUUAAAGUGAUUAACUGCAUGAUAACAAUGUAGUCUUUGUUUGACAUUUGAGCCUCAAUGUUUUGUAGUUAGUGGUAAAUUUGACCAUCAAAAGACAGCAGGAUGGGACUUUAUAUCAGGAAAUAAUACUACAACUAAGGCUGGGCAAUAUGGCCUCAAAUCGAUAUCACGAUAUAUUGAGCAGUUCACCUCGAUGAUGAUAAAUGGACAAUAACUACAAGCUGCUCACCCCCUCCCACAUUAACUUCGUCUACUUCAGCUGCUACAACUUUUGAACCGUCCUCCAUCUCCUCACCUGUCUUUCCCUCUUUGUUACGGACUCGAUGGGGUGGAGUCACGUCUCUGACGUAGGACAGUGUCUUAAAGGAACAUGAGACCAUAGCCUACCUUGACACAUACAAAACCAACUUUUAUGUAUUCACUUUUGAUGUUGGUUAUUAUCAUAAAUUUUGGUAUCGAUAAAUUUUUGGUUUAUCACUCAGCCCAAACUACAACUAUACAAUAUAAGAUGAGCAGAGAAAUAAGAGAUACAGAUGUAUCUGCAAAGGUUUUACCUUAAAUAAGAGGAUCUUAAAAUAAACCUUCAAUUUACUCAGCUGGUGCAACAGCUGGAGAAUCAAGCUUGUCAUUUAGGUCAAUUACUACCAAAAAUGGCUGUUCAGUAAAAAAGGCAAGUAAUUGGGAGAGAAAAAUUCGCUGAUGUUUGAUCUGAUUGCAUGAACUCAUGUUGUUAUUGUUAUUAGACUACUUAAUUAAAGCUUUGGAAAAUGUUACUUGAAUUAAAAGUAAAUUAAAAGUAAAAGUUAGUCCAGGGAUGUAAAAUUGAUUUUCAACAGAGAACCUAUUGACAUGUUAUACCAGAUUAAGUCAGUGGUGGCCGACUAAUCUAGCUGACUCACACACAGGUUGUCAUUACGAUGCGUGCUUUCUUGCUAUCAGGUCUCAGUGGGGUAUUUAAAUAGAACAGAGGCACUAAUUAAGGUUGCCAGUGUGACUAGUAACACCUGCGCUCCGUGAGUUUAACAUGGUUAUGAAACAGACUGGAAUUAGUAUGGAUGCCUCAUGGUGACCUAAAAAUAAAUCAGACAAGACCACCUGUGACAAGAUUAAUAACAUCUACAUGAUUGUUUCUAAUGCUUAAGACCAUUACCACCCAGGUAGAUGUUACAUAAAAUGAAUUGUAGCAUGUUGAAAGUACAGCUUUCAUAGGCUUGUUCUGCUGUUAAAAUUCAAAUUGAGUGAUACAUGAAGCUGUUGCUUUAAAAAAAUGAGAGCAUGAUGGGAUUUUUCACCUGAAAAUACAAAUUUAAAAGACAACAUGAGUGAUAAGUGAUGACAAAACUGCUUUUUCCAGGAGGGGGCGCUAAAAUCAACACAAACCAGAAACUUUUCACAGAACCUUUAGGCUGAAAUGAGAUUAGACUGUGGUGACAUAUCAACACUCGUUCAAAGGAAAUCACAGUUUUUAUAUUCCAUUCAUUUCGGUGUAUUUACUGACCCUCUUUUUAGUCACACAGUUUUAAAGAUUUCAGCCUCUCAGAGUAAAUAUUAUGUUUAGUGUGUAUUUUGUGGUGUGUGUGCAUAAUUGGGUGUGUGUGCACAGAGGUAGUGGAGUGUUAGUGCUUGUGUGGGCAGGGUUUCAGUGGUAGAUUUGAAGGUAAUUUGGAGUGGACGCUGCAGGGGUCAAAUGAUUUAAGUGCAGUUUUAACAGACUGGAUUUUCGCCUGCUGUGGCGUUCCCAUCCCUCACUACUUACACCCCCCUCUUACCUCUUUUCUAUGCAGGCAGCAGUGGGCUGUAAUCACUAAAUUACUGUUUUCACUCUCAGCUCCAGUCACCACACUGCACAGCCCCCCCCCCCCCCCCCACGCUUUCUCUUCUGCAGUCUCUCUUUCUUUGUCCUAUUUCCUUUGCUCUCCCUUCUUUCUCUCAUGUCCCUCUCUUUCCACCCCGUCUUCAUUAUUUAUUGUGCGGCUGUCUUACUGUAAGCUGCCUUCAAAAGAGGACAACUGAGAGGGAGAGAGAGAGAGGGGGAGAGAAAGAGAUGAAGACAGAGACAUGGUUUGGGGAUGGCGGUGAGGAGGGGAAGGGAGGGAUGGAAAGUUUGGAAUAUGAAAUGAAUUUGCCUAAUGCACUGCUGAUGAAAUGAUGAAACACCGGGCUUCCUUAAUGAGAACACUGCCGGCCUCACCAUCGCUCAGGCUCUGUUUAUCCUUUCUGUCCACACUCACAUCUCCUCUCUAAAAAUGGAGCUUCCUCUUCAGACAUACAGUAAAAAAUCCCAUUUUUCAAAAUCCGAAAAAACCACGUCCACUGGGAGGAAUCUCUUGGCACCAUCUGCAUUCGUCUCUGCAGCUGUUCUGACUGAAAACAAAUUUAAUUCUCUUGAAAUUUGGACCGAGUUUCCAUGACAUCAGAGACGAGGCGUCCUGUCCACACAGGGACCUGAUGACAAAUAAAAACUGCAUGUCCUUGAGUCAAGCUUCGGUAGGAGGCCACACUAGCUUCUCCCCCAUCCUCUUCAUCUCCUGUAGCGUUAAAGAGAGGAGCGAGGAGGUGAGGGUAGAGGAAGCACAAGGAAAGAGGUGGAAAGGAGAGGAGAGGUUGUCAUGGGAACAGACAUGGAGAGCCCUGUGUGAGUGAAGAGGCUUGAGACAAAAUGACAGAAUAGCGAAGCGAUUGAACGUGGGAGAGGCUGCACAGUCAGACGGAUAUAAAAAAAGACUACACACAAACACAUAGCGACGCCGUGGAAACAACUCUUGCUUGUGAUUCAGUGUUUAAACAAGCAGAAGAAAGAAAUCACAAAUAAAAGCUUCUCUUUCCCUGUAACACCACCGAACUGUGUGUUUAUUUUCUGAGGCAGAUUUAGACCUCUUCAACCCUCCUCCGAUUCUAUUCAAUACAAAGAUGCUCAAGUCUUUCCUUCCUUCUCUCUCUCCUCUCUCUCCUCAGCCCGUCCCCACCAGCCCCACCAGCACCUCUCCUACACCUGGCGGAACUCUGGGCAUGUCCAAGAUGGACGCCCCCAGCAUGCAGGAUGUCUACAUCCUGUCUCCUGUCUCGGGACUCUACAGCACCAGGUCAGACACUUCCUCUCACAGAUGUUUGAUGAUGGUGAUUACAUUGAUUAUCACAGUCCUGCUGAUGACAGUGAUGAUGGCGCUGAUGACAGAGAGGAUGACAACUCUGCUUUCCUCAGGGAGGAGAUGGGUCUGAUGUCAUGUGACGAAAUCAACCGCUACAGCGUGAGCUCCCAGUCUGGCUCCAAAGGUUCAGAGGCGGUCAGCUACUACUUAGACCAGGACAGCGGUCAGUUCUUUUCACUGCUGGAGGGAGAUGGUCCCCCAGGGCCUGACUAUGACAGGGGCCGCAACACUGGGGUUCGUCGACGUGACAAAACCCCCACCCAUGGUAAGAUGGAGAGCGCAGUCCACAGUAUGCAUGGGGCAGGAAGGGCCCUGGUCUUUGAUGUGUUCAGUUGAACAGCAUGUUUUUUUUCCAACCAUUUCUCACCUUUUCUCCAGACUUCUCCUUAUGUGUUCAUCACUCGCUCCAUGGCUCUGCUUCUUUGUGUCUUUAUGUUGCGUCACACGUCCAAAACACACUGAUCACAUGCCAAAAGGUCAGUCCAAAAACUCUGUCUCCAGCUCCCUGUCUGCCCUGCCACCUGUGUCACCCUUGUCAAAGACAGCUUCGUGGACAUCCUGUUACUUGCUGGGAGACUCUUGAGGGGCCUAUGAAGUGCAAGACCAGGGUCAUGUGGCAAACAAAAGCGAUGGAUGAUAACAUUCAGGAAGACCUGAUAGCUUCGGGUACCAAGUUCUGUAAUCCCAUGACCAUAUCCCUCAAUUAUGACUUAUUUUGAUUGUUUUUACCAUAGACUGUAUAUAAAAUGGACGCCAUCUGCCUCCUUGCUGGUUGAAGCCACCCCGAGAACAGCACCCUCUGGUGACGGGCUGCAGUACAGGCCAUAAAUCCUGCCUCCUCCAGCAAUCCCUAUGGAGCUGUGAACAAACUUUUGAAAUUAAUUACAGAUAAUAUACAUUUUUCUCCCCCCUGCUUGCGUUGUUGACAUGUAGUUACAGUAAGACUGGUUUGUGCUCAAGUCCUCUUUUUUCUGUACAGCUCUAUUUUUAAAAGUUAUUAGGGGUUCAUGUUUCUAUGAUUGACACUUGAUACAGCCUAUGGGCAUACGAAGGUUUUGUAGCUCACCUGGGGGAUACAGCGACACUAGGCCACUCUCCCACUGAAUGCGUACAACGCUACUGUGCAUUGUUAGUUUCAGGAAGUGGGGAAAAAACCUGUAAAUUCCCGGAGCUUUUUGGCUUCAAAUCCGUAUACUAGCGGGAGGCGGAACCAAGUUUUUCAAAGUAUAUACAGUCUGUGGUUUUAACCUUUCAGUAAGAUAGUCUGGCAUUUUCAGCCACUGCCUGUUAGGCAGCUCAUAGGUGUUACUUUUUACACAGUUUUCUGGUUGCAAAUGACCAGAAAGUUACAUCUUUACAUAAAAUGUUGAGGCUUUGCCAUCAGCAUAUGUUUGCUGUUGUUACAUCAGCAUCUGUUGUAGCCUAAACAUUGGUAGUGAUAGCAGUGAUUAAAUAACUUCUCUAUUGUUAAUUGCCAUCUGUUAUGGUUCAUGUCUUUGUUGUUUAAAUGUGUGGCCCAUCACAUCUGUAAAUUACCACAAACUCUAUUCAGACUUAAUACUUCUGGUAAGAAAAAUGUGGAAAUAAAUAGCAUGCUGCUUAAAAACGCAGACGUGAAAACAAACUUCUCUAAACGAAUAAAAGUCUGUGUGUCCUUGGCCUUGCAUUUUGCAGCAGUCCCUUGAGAGUCCCCUGUCCCCUCCCCCUCACCUGCACACACUUUGUCUCACCUGUCCUCCCCUCCAGCUGUCUCCCACGCUGUCUCUCAGUCAACGCCUUCCCUCAACACCCGCACUGCCUCCCCACUAGCAGACUCUCUGAUUCCUGAUUGGUCGUUCCAGGUGAUCUCAGGCCUGUUUCCAUGCCCCCUGAAUAUAACUGGAUGGCUGAGCCAAAGGAACCCAGCAUGGGCAAGAGAGGGAGCCGAGGUACACACACACAAACACAUAUAUGUAUAUGUAUAUACACUCAAAAACCCCUCACACAACCGGACAGAAACAGGUCAGGCUGGUUCUUUGCUUCGCUCCAUACUCUGCUCAACACAUUUCAGCUCAUCCUCUGGUUAUCCAUGGUGGUGGUGUGGUUUUGUGAGGAUACAUAUCUGACAGGUAUGUAUCUGACAGAGCGACAAGUAAACAUAAAUGCAAGGAAAUUGCAUUUAUACAACGGCUCUGAAAAUAAGGUUACUUCUAUGUGACCACUUCUAACCAGCUUCAACGUUUUGUGUAGAGACUCAAUCUGUAUGCAGCGGAGGUGCCUCCACUCUACCGUCAGAAAGUCCAUGAAUAACAUUAAGGCACAAUACUACCGUCGGGUGUCUGCCUUUCUCCGUCUUCUUCCUUUUCUUCAAGUCACCUCUUAGUCUUCCACAUUAAAGUAUAUGAAUUCUAAACAAUUUAUGUGCAAAGCUUUUUCAGUCCAGGGCUGAAGAGGAAUAAAACUUUCAGUGACUGACAGGAUUUAGCGGCAGAGACCUACAAAUCAGAAUAAUCACUGCAAACAGAUUAGCAGUGUGUCCCUGGAUGUUGAUCUGUAUCAGACAUUACAGAUCUGGUGCACUUUUAUCUCUAUCUGUUGGGUUUGUAUCUGUGAGGGUCUAUUCACCCUCAUCAGUACCUCCUCUGGGAUUCUCUUUCGGCUCGAUGAUGCUAUUUCAACCCUCAGUGGAUUUCCUCCCUCUGUCAUCCGUCCCAUUGAGCCUGUCCGUCCUCUAACUGCUCCCAUCCUCUGCCUCCCCCCUUUAACCUUACAGAUUCAGACAACUCCCUGCUGCGUUACCUUAGCGACGACAAGAUCCUGGUGAUAGAGGAGGAGCCCGAGGGUCCGGGCAGGGAGAGCCGGAGAGAUUCCACGAGACGCUCUCGACGCAAGAGCCGCAAUCCCAGCAGCCCUAGCUUUCCCAUCAGCCCCUCAAUGCUGUCUUCAACCCUGCGCCUCGACCAGCCACCUGAUGCUCUGUCUGUAUGUAUACGGGCUUAUUCUGAAUGUGCUCAUCGGAUAUCGUGUUGAAUGUCUUUGGUCCCACAUGUUUAUGUAAUUUUUGUUGCUGAUACCAAUAAUCAAUGAUAAUCAGCCCCCAAUUACCAUUAGCAAUAAGAUUACCUUUAUUUUUCUACACUUUAGUAAGUUAAAAUGGGUUACUCCUGCUAGUCUGUGGGAAAAAGGAAAAACAGUUUGAUGAUCAUCAGUGCUUUUGACAUAGAUCUCUUACACGUCAUGGUCAACAAAAGUGUCUCCUAUGAUCGUAACAUAAAAUGUUUUUUUUUAAACAAUACUCUAUACUCACCAACACAAUACAAAAAAGUACAGUUCUCACUCUGUUGUCAUUCUUAACUGUGGUUGCAAACUUCACUUCUGUCCAUACAACAUCUUUUUCACAUCAAGUCCUGUUCCACUUGCAAGUUGUUGAUCAGACUGUGAAUGUGUGAAGUGACCACAUCAUACAGGGCAGGUAGGGCUACAUCCGUGUAGUAUCAGCAGUACUCUCCAAAAUAGCAGAGUAAUUAGCAGGCCAAAUCUUUGGUCUGCCUCCUCAUAAAAAAAGGUUUACUCAUCAGUGAUUUUGUGAUUUAUUUCUUAACAUUGGGUUGUCUCUGGUAAAUGUUCAGCAUUUCUCAAAUUGGCAUGAUAAUACUCCGAGGCUAUACCUCUUGAAUACGUCUUUGUCACAAUGAAAACUCUUCAGGUGAUUUCAGAGAUUUGUUGUGUUAAAACUUAAAGACUGUUUUCCUCGUCUCAGAAUAUUUUUGCUUCAAACUGCAGUCUUGCUUUCCUCCACUUUUAACAGUAAACAAAUGCACUUGGGUGUCACCAUUUUUGCCGUUGCCAGCCUGAAGACACAUAAACAAGCAGAUGAAAGCAGCAUUUAUCAGUUGUGUUAACUGUAUUCAUUUGAAUUAUCUGGGUGAUAAAUAACAAAAAAAAUUAUAAUGUUGGUAUUUUUGGCCCAAUGUAUGUUGUACAGCCCUAAUUACUUAAGCUAUUUCAUAUGAUGAAACAAGUAAAAAAAAAGCUCACAACAGUGUAUUGACGCAUGAAAUGUUUAAAUAAGAAAAGUUAAAGUGCUUUUCCCAUUAAAAACUUUGCCCCUGAAAUUAAAACUUAGUAUCAAAACACAGUAUCAGUCUAACACUGUAGUAUUUUUCUUUUACAGCCGCAGACACUAGUUCUAACAAUUUGGAGUACAAAACUUUUCUAUGCAUAGAGACAAAUUCUUCAACUAUUGUUGGUUUUUUCAGAAAAGCAUGUGACUUUUUUUCUGUUUGGUGUGCCAACAGCUCGAGGCCAUCUGUAGUCUUAUUUGGGCUCAUGUACUAAAUACUCCUUUUUUAUUAGAGGUAAAAAGCAACAAAGUUUAAGUUCAAUUAUCACAUUGCUGUGUAAAAAACUUGACCCUGUGACAAUAUUUUUCCUCUUUAAAGUAAAAGAGCAAGAAGUAUAAAGUAUGUUUUCCCUCAUUGUGUCAAAUGUAAGUUUUUUUUCCCUUUUUUGCUCUAAGUAGAUCUUGUGAUUUUAAUAAUAUUUACCUAUUGGUAAAGAAAAGCACAUUUGUCAAGGAUAUCUUGAGCUGAGGCUCUGUUGUAUGUUGGUUAGCAGUGAAAUUAAUUUAGCCAUCGUCACCUGCUUUAUUGUUUGUAUCUGUGACACAUCUAAGUAUCGGUUGUUUAAAAGGUCUAUUAAUCGCUCUUCAGUCGACUUCAGGUCCUUAAUCCUGAUUGUCUCACUUUACAAACUGGAAAAGGACCUCACUCUCUCACUGACUCUCACAACUUCCUUCCUUUGACAGUUUAUCCCCGUGUCCUCCUUGUAGUUUCAGGAUAGGUCAUGGUGCUCACAGAGUCACGCGUUGUUGUCUGUGUGUGUGUUUGUGUGCGAGUCAGGUAGAGGAGACAAAGGAGGGUGAGGAUGAUCAGUGUCACUGUGGCUGCCAGCUUCACAGAUUAUGAGAAUGACGGCGACACACCCCUCUGCAACUUCUCUCUCACACACACAAACACAGACACACACUUACACACAAUAACACACAAGAGUGCAUUUGUAUGCUGGGUAUCCAUCUCACGACUCAUCCUAACUCAUCCUAUUAUCCCCAUCUCCUCAGACACGCCUGAAUCUAAAGAGGAGUUUAUUUUGGACAAACACACACACACAUACACACAAACAUGAAAACAGGCACCCCUGUGAGCAGGUGUAUGACUCAGCGUCAGCCAGACCAAUUACAAGCACGACUGACAGACUGUGCUUAAAACACGACGCACGCAGGACACACAUGCACAGCCGGCACGCUAACAGCUAAGCUAACAGCAGACCUCUCUGACCCUCACAGCUGUGUACUCAUCAUGGUGGUGACUCAUAUCCACUCGCUGGCUCAUGAAGUAUACUAUUUUACUCUUAACAGGCACACGCCAACCUUAAUGACCUGCUUGUUUUUCUCUUGCUCACUCCAUCUAAUUAUUUGCUGUUAACACAAUACACCAAAUACAGCAAAAGCACAUUAUCUUAAGGGCAUAUUGUUAUGAAGUCUCGUCUUUAUUAAGUUCCUACACACUUCAAUAACUUUGAAUUUAUAUAGCUGCACAAAUAAAUUCAGUUCCUUGUUUGUUGUAAUGCAAAUUAAACAAACCAUUUAAAUUAGGUGACAGGCCUCUGUGCCCCAGGAUGUAGUUUUGGGGGCCCUUGGAUCCUCCACUUGUUCCUUGGGUCCCUUAGCUGUGUGUUGUUUGAAAUCACAACAUUUCUGUCAUGUCAUUCCCAGUAGAAGGAAACUGAUGUGAUUAUUUUCAUCUUCAGACUUUCUGCUCUAGUGCUUCUGAUUGACUUAUUGUCAGUGGGACAGCCAUGUUUUAUUAGCUGACAGUGACCUGUGUGUGACUGAAUUCAUCAAUUAACAAAGCUCAAGCAGUUUCAAGGACAAGGUACAAACUGAGCUGCAAUAUUAAAGGAAUAUUCCCCUGUAUUUCAACUGAUUCAGUUUUAUUAUGAUUUGUAAAAACAGAUGCAUUAAGUACUGCACUGUGAAAAAGCCUAUGAAUCAAAAUGGAUUAUUUUACUAUCUGUGUGAUAUAUCUGGUGACUGUUUACAUAAAGCCACCUCUUAUAAUACAUCAUAAGCACAUUUACAAAGCCUUAUGAAUACAUCUAUAUACAUCUUUAAAACAACCCUUAUAAGCAAUGAGGAGCAUUCAUAACAGUUUAAAGCAAUGUUUAUGAAGUGUCAUAAGCAGUGAGCAUAAUGCCUUAUACAGGUAUAAUUUGUUAUUUAUUAUAUCUUAAUGCAAAAGAAAAAAGAGAGUCACAUGGUCACAUGUAGUCUUUUUUUGUUAGCGUUUCAUAUUUGUCAAAUGUUUGAAUUAAGCAAAUUUUCAAAUAUACAGUGUGAUUAAAAACACGACCCAAUGGUACAAAUCAUUAGGGUUUUCAAAAUGUCAAUAAUAAAUAAGUUAACAAAUAAAAGCAGACAUGUAUUCUGUAAUAUAAUCACCAGCAUCGACGAACAGGAGACAAAGGUGUAUUUGAGUGUUUUUUUUAAUGUUGUUUUUAUUCUCUGUCUCUCAGCGAGGUGCAGACACACUGCGUGCAGACACCACAGACAGGUGAGUUUGUGUUUGUGGUGUCCAUACAUGCUUUGGAAUUAAUGAAAAGAAAAGUAGGACUUUGAUAAUGGAAACAUUUAAUCCUGUCCGUCUUCCUGCAGGUACUCUGGCUCAGGAAGCUCAGGAGGGGCAUCCAUGAGGAAGGUAGGAGAGCAGAGCCACAUGCCAUGAAACUGACUUUGUAUUCCUGGAUAUUUUAUACCACAGUUUUUCCCAAGUACUGCUGUUUCAAAUGCACACUUUGAGUAUUAAGUCAAACCCGAUUAGUAGAGGUUUGAGCUCCAUCCACAAUCAUGGCUGCCACCAACCACAUCUGCUCUUCCAGGGAUCCAUCCAGUGUGUCCACAUAAUAUCAAGACACAUUUAACAGCUAGAUUUGAAAGGAGAGGUACCUAAAAUUAAAUCCAUUCAGGUCUGGCAUAAUUAAAUAAAGGAUAGCAGUCAGAUGAGUUCAAUUGGUUUCCAUAUUUAGGUUACUGUGACACAGGAAACUGUCUUAGUCAUUAGCUCCCACCUCCUCUCCAGAGCACUAAGAGGUGUUUCACACACUGAGUCAGCUUACUUGGCUUUAAUCAGAUAUUUCUUUGGCUUUGUUACCAGAUAAACAGCCUGCAGGCCUGUAUUCCCCUGUGCUGAUACCUAUUGCUACAUGGCAAGCUAGCAUUAGCCUCUUGGAGAUGCGCCUAAUGCGCUAUAAUGCUGGCUUAUUAGAUGAAAAUAAGAUAAGAUAACAUAUUUCUGAUUACAGUUGAACAUUAACACCCACAGGCAUUAAAAAGAUAAAGUUUUAAAUUUACUUAUUUGAAGUGAUUAACACACAUGGGUAAUGUUAGCAAGCACAGGCAAUUGUUAGCCUAUUACAGAUUUAAUAUCACUAAUACAGAUCAGUCAAAAAAUUAUGUUCCUUAACUAGAAUAAACUUUCAUGCAUUUUAGUGUUUUCAUUUUUCAAAAGGCUUCUCUGAUGCAGUUCAUGUCACUCUUGCAUCACUGUGGUCUUCAGACUCUGCCGCUGACAGCUUUCAGAUCCUCAUCACAGGUUGUAGCCGGGUCACUUCCUGGCUGUAGCAGUUUAUCGCUGUGAUCUGUCUGUGCCUGUAAUCCUCUCUGCUGCUUGCCUGAUAAAAAUAAAAAUAAGCUCCACACUUUGAGUGAACUUGUUGCAGCCUCUCCACAACACGCAUCAACGUCGACCCAGAAAGUUUUUUUUUUAAUUUGUUUGAGUUAAUCCGUUUUUUUCUUCUCCUCUCUCCUCUAGUCUUUCCAUUACACAUCUCUAAGAACGAAAACCAAAAAGCGAAGUAAAGGUAAAUACGCUUCUUGUCUUUUUGCAUCUUCUUCUAUGUGAUCGCUGUUCUGUCAGCGCACUUAUGCUAUUAAGAGUAGCUCCCAAAAGACAGCUUUUACCCCAGACCCUUAGUCUGAAAAGACUGACAGACAUCAGGUGUUUUGUGAAUGUGAGGGCAUCAAAAGUAUUUUGCUUGUUUUCUUUCUGCUUUAAGAGACUGCACACUUAUUUUUUUUUAAAUGAGUCUGUUGACAAAAAAAAAAAAGAUUCUUCUCUCCAUCCGACUUUUUCAACGCCUUUGACUCUGUGCUCAGUAUUGACGUCACUCUCUCCUCUCUGAAGGUUCCCUCACUAGUGCCAGCCGAAGGAGAAUUUCCUGUAAGGACCUGGGUCACGGUGACUGUGAAGGAUGGCUGUGGAAGAAGAAGGAUGCUAAAGGCUACUUCACCCAGAAAUGGAGGAAAUACUGGUUUGUCCUCAAAGAGUCCUGCCUGUACUGGUACACCAACCAAAAUGUAAGAAAGCAUGUUCAUCUGUGAGAACACUUUUCUCACCCCCUGUUUUUUUUCUUUGUUUUUUGUUGAAAAGCAAUUUAUCUACAAGACUAGCAUGGCUGUUUUAAAUUCCUUUAAAUAAUCAAAUUAAUGGCAACAGUUAAAUAAAAAUAUGAAUAGAGUGAGUUAUUUAACUUAAAAGAGGAAUGAAAAACAAUUUAAAUCUGUGUCUGUUCUCAAAAAUCUUCCCUUUUCGUGGAAUAAUUUGGAUUUGUGUUUCUUACUUGGUCAAAAUAUGAAGCAACUUGGUUUGACUCAGCAGUGAAAGCUGAACCCCGAGGCUGUAGUCUCCAUCUCAGAGGCUGUAGGUUUGAACCCUUUGCUUCAGGUCAGCUUCCUCUCUCUCCUCCCAACUUUCUCUGCCACUCCUCUAUCGUCCUUUUAAAUAAAAGCUGAAAUGGCAGAAGAGAAAAAAGAACUUUAAAACCAGAAGAACUGUAAACAGAAAUGUCUGUCAAAUUGAAUUAAUCCAAACAUCUGAAGGGAACACUCUCAGGACUGAGGAAAUAAUCUGGAUGAAGUCAUGUCAACAUCUUUGAGUUUAUUUUGAGACUUUAAAUAUUUGAUGGUGAAUCUGCUGUAUAAACUUUGAAUAUUUGCCUUGACAGAUGAAGACAUUUCUCUGAUGAAUUAUGAGUUGAGUCGUAAAAUGGUAAUCGUGUGAUCAAUUUUAACUUUAGUAUGACCGACUGUUAGGACAUGUCACAGCCUCCUGAUUUAGAUUUUGAUCACAUUAUUUGUAAAAUUACAGACAUAAAUUUCCCAACAGAAACACUCUUGAGUUAUAAUUUUUUAUGGAUAAAAAAGCCAAGGCUGAAAAUCACUGAAAAUGAAAUAAUGAGCAUCUUAUUUUUCUUCUUCAUCUAAAACUUCUCUCUGUUGACCAAAUAUUAAAGUAAUAACUUUAGAUUUUAAUUUUUGUGAAGAUUUUGAAAACGAGAAGUAUCCAAGCCAUUCAACAAAUGAGUGUUUUUAUGAUGGAUCUGCUGAUCAUGUUCUCCUCAAAACGUUCAGAUUUACACUCCAAUAAGACACGGAAAGCAGCUGGUUGUCACAACUUGCUGUCGCCUCUUGUAUUUUUCAUUUUCUUAAAUCUGACUAAAAAUGAAGAAGAAACAUUCACCAAUGAAUUUUCAGUAAAUCAAACAAUGUCUUGAUACAAUGAUGAUGUCUUUAUUUAACUUUUUGGCUGCCCAACGUGUAGACCGUAUAAAAAAUACGUGGCAUUCAGAGCUCCCAUUAGUAACCUGAUCAGUAAGCUCAUCUCUGUCUCCUUCAAAAUCAAAAAUUAAAAUAAUCACCAAAGAUAUAUAUGUAUUUUUUAUGUAUGUAUAUGUCAGAUAAAGUGCAAGCGUUAAUUUUUCCGAGAAAUUUAUUCAGUUAUUGCAAGCCAAAAAAAGGAGUAACAUAAUGAUUGGAGGCUGAAUUUUGAUGACUUCAGCUCUUGCUUCUGAAUUAUCAGUGUAGAGGAAGAAUACAACAUUCGACGGUCCAUGACUGUGAGUUUGCUCUGUCGGCUGUGGAAAAAACUUGAGGACUUGUUAGGACUUGAGGGAUCUUUACUUUUUUGUCACUAAGUUGAAUAUUUGUGUUGAUACGUGGAAAGGAGCCACGAGUCCAGUUACCGAGUCCAGAAUAGUUUACCAUCUGAUGCAUUGAUAUUUUGGUUUUACUUUUAUGGGAAGAUGGGAAGAGAAGGUGGAAGAGAUAAGUCAUGAAUUCAGAUAAAUACAACCCCAUGUAAACAAAACUCUAUGGAAUACUUUGAAAUGUGGUUUAGCUGUUUGGACCAACGCCUGGAUAUCAGAGCUUGUAAAUAUUCAACUAAAAGAAGACCACCCCAACAUGAAAGUUAACUGUUAAUUUGAUGUGUUAAUGUAACUUUGCUUUCCAGCUAUGACAGACAGACACUCUGUUCUGUAUCUUUUCAUGUGUUGAAGGAAUAUAUUCCUGCCAGUGUAAACAACAUAUGUUGUUUUCAUAUGCUCGACUUGACUAUUGCUAUCCCUUAUAAAAUUGGUAUAUCAGUAUGUGUGACAUUUUGUUCCUUGUGUUGAUGAUGUGCCACCGCUCUCCAUCUGUCUGUGCCUGCAGGAUGAGAAAGCUGAGGGCUUCAUCAGCCUCCCAGAGUUCAGAAUAGACCGAGCCAUAGAGUGCAGACGGAAAUUGUGAGUGUCCCUCACAUGACGCCAAAAUUACUAAUCAAGCACAUUUGCUCUUACCCACACACCGUGAACGCACACAAGCCUGCCGUGCACACACACAGAAACACUAAUCAGUCUUCUUCUCCCUGCCUGGCUGCAGUGCCUUCAAAGCCUGUCAUCCCAAAAUCAAGAGCUUCUUCUUCGCCACAGAUUGUCUGGAGGAAAUGAACAGGUGAGCGAGUGGGCGUCUCUGUGACUUGGAGUGUGUGUGUUUGUAUCUUAAUGUGGACCAUCAUCAGAUGCUUGGGACGUCACGUGUUCUCUCAUGAAUAUUUUAACUGAGUAAACCAAGUUUACACAAGGCGACAGCCCACACAACACAGUACAUGAAUAAGGCAUGAACCCGGCCCUCUCUUGUUAAAUGUGGAACUCAGUGUGUGUGUGUGUGUGUAUUUGUGUCAUCGUGCGUGUGUGUGUGUGUGUGUUCUUGUGUGUGAGGAGGAGAUUGUAGUGAUAUCUGCAGGAGUGAGAUCUGAUGAGCUCUAAUUAUCCACACCUCUCCUCAAUAACAUGGAGAGAUAAUUGCUGGAGAGUAAUUAACCAGCUAUUUUUGACUUCCAUACCUUGCAUGUAGGUUCAUGUGUGAGAGUGCUGCUCCACACAUUUAACAUGCAUUCGUAAUUAUAUGUAUGUGUGUGAAGAGGUAGGUGUUAGGGGCCAGAAAAAUAACCACCUGUCUACAAGACGUAUAAUGGCUUUUUCCUGCCCUUACUGUACAUCUGGGUUUUUAGUUUUCUGCUGGAGGGGAUAAAAUAGAAGUGCUAAACUUUGACAGUCUUUCCACUGUGGAAAAUGACUGAUUGGAAAAAAAUAGCUUGCAUUCUUGAGCAAUCAACAACAUACAGUGCCUUAAAAUACAAUCUCAGAGAACAAAGCCUUUCAGACAUAAGAGAGUUGAAGACAAAUGUACAUUCCUUUAAAGGUUUGACAAUUUUAUAAUAAAUUGGUGCUGCACUUAAGGGCAACAAAUGGAUCGUGGAGACAAACAGGUCAUCAGAAGACGCUGCAAAUGGAUUUUAAUGAAAAAAAAAAACGAACUGAAGCUUUUACAGACUAACAUAAGCUUCCAUUUUCUUUCACUUCCAGCUAAUACCAUUAAAAUGAGCAAAAUCAGCAUCUUUCAUAACUUACUGUCUGUCUUUGUUGUGAGAGACUUUUGACUUCUAGCCAAUUCAAAUGUGAUGUAGAUUGAAAUAUUUCAAAAUGGUGCACAAAGGCUGAGUGCUAAUUGUUAUUUUAAAGGAUUAAUAGUUCUGGUGAUUUUAUAGAAAAACAGUUUUUGAUAACCUCCAAAAUUAAAAUGUACAGACUGCUGAGGUUUGAAGAGAUCCUCUAUAUGUGCGGCAGGGAACGUGGAAAAAACAGUGAGCGAAAAUCCAUUUCCAUGCAUUUUAAACAUUCACCCACACUGGCUGGGGGCAACACACACACACACACACACACACACACACACACACACACACACACACACACACACACACACACACACACACACACACACUGAUAUUGGGAUUGACUGUUUUUCUCAACAACUAGCCUGGGUGGCAUUUCAGCUGAUUUUUCAUUGCAGGAUAAAUACUAAAGAUAUAAGUAGUAGCCAGGAGAGACGCAGUGACAUAGAAAUGGUCACAAUUCGAACCUCUAACAGAGACUGCCUUCAAAUAUUGAGACAAACAUCCAAAAUAUGAGGAAGAUAAAAUCCGGGGGGGGCUUCAAUGUUUUUGUAACCCUGAGAGAUGAUUAUCAAACCAUCCUUGUAAAUCUAUAUGAAUUUCUAUUAGUUUGACACUAGGAUAUAGAGACGAUCAUGUAUUUGUCAUUGCUGUUUGAUGCUGUUUUCCUAUGUCUGAGUACAAAUUUAGUGAGGGCUACUUAAAGCUUGUGAGGAGUUUUUGAUGAUAAUGAAAUACACUGAAAUUCAUUUAGAUGCUUUUACAUGAUAUCCAAAUUCAAGCAAGACUGUUAGCAACAACACUGAUGAUUAUUGUAUCAUCUUUUUUACCCUAAAGCUGGUGUUACAGGGUAGGGGUCAGAAGAGCAGCUAAAGAAAUAGGCCCUUUCACAUAAAAUAUUCACAUUGACUUUCAAAAGUAAGCAGGAUUAAUUUUUUACUACCUAAGCAUGUACAGGAUAAGAUGAGCCAAUACUGCUUUGUCCAAAGGGAGCGCAAAUGUUUGACUCAUACCAAAAGUUCCUCACAGGAGCCUCAAAAUGGGGAAGACAAACAUUUUUGGGUCUUCUUUUAGCCGCAGACAGACAAAUUAAUGUAAUCUCAGUAUGAAGGUUAAUUCCUGUGGAAAAAAGCAGGAUCUGCUGUGAAGACAAACAGAUGGACAAAAAAGAGGAAAAAGUGAAAUGCCAUCAGUCACAGGAAAGAAAAAACAGGAUUAUUGUCUGUUAAUUGUCUCCUGUUUCCUAUCAUCCACACCUUCAACUAUCCCACUUUUUUGCAGAUCUGAAGAUGAGUCAGUUGAACAGAUAUUGGCUUUUGUAGAUUUGGCAUUUGAACUACAAAAAGGAACCUUGUGUCACACUCACUCUCUGUUUAUACUGUAUCUCCUUUAACCACCGUGGCUUCCUUCCUCACUUUCAUUUCCUUCUUUUCCUCCUGCUUGUCUCCUAUAGGUGGAUGAACCGGCUUGGUCUUGCUGCUAUUGGCUACACACCAGAUGACAAGGUGCCACGCCCUGAUGAAGGUACGACAGAUUCACUUGGAGCUAACUGUGCUGUUUUCUAAAGUACCUGCUUUUACAUGUUUGUGUGUGUGUGUUGCCUUUUUUCCCUGUAUAUCAGAUUACUGGAGUGAGAGCGAUCAAGACGAGGUUGAUGGUUCGAUGACGCUCAAACAGGAGGGACCCUCGUCUCUCUGUGAUACUUACCACCGCACACCCUCAGUAAGCAUAUGCGAACAUUAACACUCAUAUACACCAAGCAUCUCUCUUGCAGUGUUUCAUUCUGAUGGAAUAUUUUAUCCCUAAAAGCCCCUCAGUUUUCAGAGCUGCAAAGAGCAGAGCUCCUAACAUUAAUAAAACAUCAGAGUGGAGGAGAAUCUGGUUUGCUAAGCAGCCAAGCAGCCAUCACUGCUCUGUGUUCUGCUGCCAGAACCUAUUUACAAUCAGACCUCUAGGUGGCAAUAGCUGCCUUUGCUCAUUACACCUCUGAGAGAAUAUGCAAUACUGAAAAUACUCAUGCUCAGAGGAUCCUCAUGUGGUCCUGGAGGAUUGGGUCAUGCUUUCCCAGACACGCAGCAGUCAUGUCUGUCAUUUCCUGGAGUUGAUCAUCUGCCAUCUCAUUGCUUUUUUGCUCUCAUCUUCUGCUGUCUUUCUGCUUCUGCUUUCUGUCCUCCUUCUCUCUCACCUCGCACACCUCCUCUCUCUCCUUGUUUUGCGGGUCACUUUUCCUCGUAUUGCACCUGCCUAUGAAAUUCCAUCCUUGUCCCUCUUGGUUGCCUCUCCAUCCCUCUGUUCCUCAGACUAACUUCCUUCACAGUUAUGACCAGUUGCCCCGCUCAGUCAGCUCCAUGAGCCUCAUGCGCUCCACUCCAUCCCCACGCCCUCCAUCACUGAGUGCCUCCACCUCCCCCAUCCCUCCACAGAUGGUCUCUUCCACCUCCCCUCUCCCUCUCCAGGUCAACUCUUCCAGCCCUUUCCCGGAGCCCAAGCAUGGCCGUCAUUUCUCCAGCGAGUCCACACACUCUCACUCCUCAGCUGAGGACCAGCGUGGAGACAGCAUGGGCAUGGGUACAGGCACGGGCAGCACCAGCACCCACUCAUCAGGCUGCCGCUCCUCCCAUCGCGAGCGGCGCUCCUGGCAGGACCUCAUUGAGACCCCUCUGACCAGCGCAGGGCUGCACUUCCUACAGACAGCACCGGGAGAGAGUGAAUAUGGCCUGAUGGGAAGCAUGGCAGGAGAGAUGGGGCUGUACGGUGGGCUGGGCAGACAGGGCAUGUCCCCGGAGAGACGCAGGCAGGCUACACUGCCCGUACGGAGACACCACGCAGCAGAGAGGGACAGAGAGCGGGACGGGCCCUUCCCUCUGGAGCGAGGUCCACACACACACAGCCACACACACCGACGCUCCCACAAGCAGCGCAGCCAGAGCCUGCCCAGGAACAGGGACCCGAUGCCAGGAAAGUUUCUACACACCUCAGCUCAUAUGGAAGAGAGGAGUGAGGAUGAGGAGGCAGAGAGAGAACAAGCUGGAGAUAUGCUUCAGGGUGAAGAGGGUAAGGAAAUUACUCACAAUCUGUUUUGUGCAGAGAGGAAGAGAAAUGUGUAAAAAAACACGUUUAAAGGCAUAUAUACAGAAAGAAAGAGGAUUCAACUUUAGCUUACAAUUGAGUUCAAAGUACUGGACAUUAUUAUAGUUUCCUUUAUUUAAUAUUAGGGAAGAGUGCGGUAAGUUGAGCCAAAGGGUAAGUUGAGCCACCCCCUGUUGCUUGGAAAUGGUAAAAGAAAUUGAUCAUGUGACCAAAUAUUUAGGAGAUGGGCAUCAACUCAUGGAGUCUGUGAAGGUUAGAAGCACAUGGGUGAAGGGUUAGACAUUUAUUUACAAAAACAGUAGGGAGGGAUAUGGCUCAAGUUACCCCACUCCUAUGGUCAAUUUACCCCAUACACAGGGUAAGUUGACCGUAGGAGACCACUUUUUUGCCUUGCUAUAUUAUGUUUACACUUGAAAUAUAUGCAGAUACACUAGUUAGAGACAAAACUAUGAUUGCCUUGAUGUAGUGAUCUGAAAUAUGAAAAAUGGCUCAUCUUACCCCACUCUCUCCGACUGGAGUUCCUCAGGGUUCAAAUGUCCACCUUAUUUAAUGUACCGGUACUGUAAAGUGACAAAAAUGUUUAUUGACAUCUAUGGGAGGCCAUCAAACGUUGUUUUUUGUUUUCUUUUUUAUGUUUUGACCUAACUGCUGUUUUUCCAAGUGUCUUUUUAACAGUGAAUCUAAGUGUCUCUGGUUCUCUGCUGGGUGUUUCAGACCUGCGGGAGCUAAGACUUGAAGGCAGAGAGAGGAGGGUGUCAGAGGGAAGGGAGCAGCGGGUGUCAGAGGGCCGUGAGCCGGAGCCGUUGGAUGGGUUAGAGCAGCUGUAUCGAGCCCUGGAGCAAGCCAAUGUGACAGCUCUGGGAGACCCAAGACCCUGUAGCAGACAGGACUUAAGACGAUGUUUUACCCAGAGAGCCAGGGACCCUCUGCUUAACGACAGGCUGCACAGGGUUCGGGCCCUCCGCAGCACCUUGAAGGUAACACAAACAGAGAAUUUAAAGAGGAAUUGAAGAUGGCGUCUGAAGAUUGCGAUGUGGUAACUCUCCGGUGUCUCUCUUCUCCCUCAGGCCAAAGAGUCGGAGCUGGCAGUGAUCUGUGCCCUCCUGGAGGACCCUGGCCUGUGCUCCCAGACCUUCAGAGAGUGGAAGCAGUGGCACAGCGAGCUCUACUCAGACAUCUGCCAGCUUAGCCCUGGCACCAACGGCCAGGACGACCUCUCCCCGCUGGGCGCACCUCUCAUGACCCACACACACUCCUUCAUCGAGACACAUGUGUGAGAAAGAGAGCGGAAGCAAAGCCUGAACUGAUACACACAACAACCACUUACUGACACACACACACACAUUUACACACAUACACACAAGCUUCUGCAUCAUCACGACUCUGAGCACGACCUCACACACACACACACACACACACACACAGGAACACACAUUGUAAGAUGUGUAAAUAUCAUAGAGGGAACAGUCUGAGACCUGCGUGUAUGAACUUUUGAUAAUCCUGAGGACCCCACAGGGUGCCUAUUGCAUGCUUGAACAGAAAGCAUUAAUCUUCCUUUGUCUAUGGAACUCAGCAUAAACUCCACACGCUUGUCGAGCAAAACGGAAAAAAAGGAGACUUUUUAACAUGUCUGUUCAUUUCUUAUUCUCUUGUUUUGGUUUCGUCCUGUUGAGUUUAAGGGGCAGGGGGAGCUAUGUAGCAGCAAUACAGAGGAGAAUCCUUUUCACCACAGCACUGUACUACUUUUGUACCGAUGAACUUUGCACCCAGAGCCAACAGUUCUCCCCCUUUCUCUCUCUCUGUAUGGUUUCUUUCUCUUAUUGCAUAUCUCAUUGAUUUACAGGGACCUCAUGUGUUUUUCUAAGCUGAUCUGAUGGGACAGUGUGGGGAAUGUAAGGGCGGGGACUUUAGCAUAAGACUGUGAAAGGUAAAGCCAACAACGCUGGUUUAUCUGAUUAAGCUGUUCCUGCGGGAACCAAUGAAAACAAGUGUGAUUGAAGGAACCACUGUGCUGGCUAGAUGCACACUAUUUCAAACUGUGAACUGUUGAAAAAAAACACAAUUUUAUCCACUGAAGGAAGCUCCUCUGAUCGUGUGAUUCUCUCUCAUUCUCUCUCCCUCUCUUUCCUUCUUUCCCUCCUUCACCAUUCAUCUCCACGUCCUCUUUUUCUUAAUAUCUCCUUUGUUUUUUAUAUCUCUCUAAUCCUCAAAGACUUGUGUAUAUGUGUAUACUGCUGUGUAUACUGAUGUAAAUGUUUGCGUUCCACUACCACUGUGAUAUGCUUCUAGAGGUAGCGGAGGGAAGACAGAGAGUAUGUACUUGCGUGGGUGCAAAAUGUCUUUUUUUUUGUGUGUUUAUUUUUGUUUUGUUUUUAUCUUUUAACAGAGAAUGCAAGAGCUAGAGAGUUCUUUUCAAAGGAGUCACUCACUACAAAGAAUGCACUUUCUAUAUCUCUAUAUCUCAUUGGCUGCAUCACAGGGUCUAUGUCUCAUCGGCCUCUUUACCAUUGCUGUUCAAAAUAUCAGGUAAAAGCAUUUGCCGUCUCAUUUUCUAAAGAUUUGUGUACAGUCUACAAAUAUAUUUAAACAUAGAAGAAUAUAUAAAUCUAUUUACGUUUUGUGUCAUAGAUAUAAUGUAAAGUAUGAUGUAUUCUAUGCCAAGGUUUAGCAGUGUCCCCCUCUUCACUCUGUAGACGCAGGGUGUUUAGCAGUUGAUUAAUUAGGAGGCAAACAACCACCACCAUCAUUGACAGUUGAUUGACAGUUUCGUACUGGUUUACAUCUGGGCUGACCCUUCUCCUGGUGAUGUGUUGCAUGAGAAAAGGCCUGGGACUGAUUUGAUCGGACAGGGUAAACUAUUGUGGAUCAUUUGUGUCUUCUUUUUUUGCCUCUCAUGAUUGCAAGAUUAGACUUGUAGCGCAUGAUACAUGCAAAAGUACUGUUGAAUAUUUGUUUAAUUUAUAUGUUCAUAAUUUUUUUGUUUUCCUUCAAUAGUGUUUGAAGACACACACUGUACUAUUUCUGAGGUGGGCAUUUUGCUGCUCAGUUACUCGAUCUAAUGCAGAUCCUCCUUUAGCAUGCUACCAGGAGGUUUCAAUUUGAUGUUUCGGUUUACAAAGGAAGACUGACACGUGUCAAAAGACUUCAGGAUUUAGACCUGAGUGACAGCAGUACAGGUGCUUAAUAAAUGAAGUCUAUUUUGACAUUCCCUCCAAGCUUAUGGUUGACACUGGGCGGUCAAAGACCUCUACACUAAAUGGUCUGUAAUGUCUGUGAAACUCGGAUGAAUCAUCUCAUCUGCAAUAUCAGGCCAAGGACUCAACGGUGCCCCCCAGUGUCCGAGACUCUGACAGACAUGCGUAGCACCUGCUGAAUCCAGCACUAUUGGUAUAAUUUUUCAUCUUUUACUGUAGUUCUUUGAGUGUAGGUUCAGGUUUUUUCAUCAUGUUACACUGUUGUAAAAUAUCAGUCACACCCCAGAGAUACAGCUCACGUUUUGAACGGUUAAUUUGAGAGUACCACAAAGAAACUAAAUGAUGCAAGCACUUUCCCUGUGCCUCCCAACCCUCUCUUUGGCAACGAUGGACUGGCUAUAUGGGCGAUCCUACACACACACACACACACACACACACACACACACACACACAGCUGUAGAAAUGUUACAAUACAGUUUGAGUUUUUCAGACCUCUCUACAUUUUUCAUCCGUAAUGUUGGUUUCCUUUUUUCCAACCGCUGCUCUGCUGGGCAGGCGACAUACUGUAGAUUAAGGAGUGCGAGUUACAAUUUGUAGGCACAGACUGUGUUAUCCCUCCCAGAUCUUAGUGUGUGUAAACCUGCAGAAACAGGCCGAAAGGGGAGAUUCCACUGUGUGUUCUUUCAGGGGUGUACACCUCAUGGUACAUUGCACAGGUGUGUAAGAUGUAAGUUGCACUGCGACAUUAAAAAAGGAACAUAUUGCUCUUUUUCAAGGAUACUAUUAGCUUACUGUUAUUCUGUACAUUAAACUGACUAAAGAUGAUAUUAAAAAAGAAAGAAAAUGACAUUUAUUCUUCCUAAAGUAGCCUUUUUUGGUUUCAUAUAUAUGAAUAUAUAUUACAGAAAAUACAGAUUGUAAACUUAAGUUGUUAACUUUGACUUCAAUAAACUGAAUCCUCUGCACUAUGAGAUA